AUUCUAACGUGUUAACACGGCGGCAGUGGAUGGGAAGGAGGGGCAGGCGUGGCUAGAGCCCUGGCGGCUGGAGGAGGGAAGUCCUUAUAACCCAGGCUGAGGAUCAGAGUGCACUCACUAUCUAUCAGGCAUUCAGGCAGGCUGGCAGGCUGGCUGGGGUCAGGAUCACACGGAGAUCGCAGCGCUGAGCAGUCAUUCCCUCACUACACCCUCACUACCAGAAAACCCCAAUGCACGGAUUAGCACCAAUAUGCUGGGGCUCCACGACAGAUAAAAGGAUAUUAUCCAAGAUACCUGGGCUGGAUUGCUUCAUCUUUUCCUUAUGAAGAAGACAAAAGUAAGUAUCUGGACAAUCCCUGCCGUGCAAGACGUAUACAGGGGGUGAAUGGAGUGCACACACCGUGUACCUUGCACAAACAGGGGCAUUAUUGCACUAAUCCAUUGCUGGUCUGAAUAUUGUUAGCAUUUCAUUAGCAUUGCUAUUUGCAAGAACACAGGAAAAUCUUUGCAAGUCAGAUGUUUGCUAAAGCAAAGGGCAAGGGUUGACAUAAAGUUCUUUUAUAACCUGCAUGUCAAGACAGCGCAGUCAUGAUGGUGCUUGCUGAGAAUACUGGAUUCUGUACAUGGGAAGCUGCUGUUCAGACAGCUGUUGAGCGCAUCUCCCUCUACCAAGUUAGGACUGAGUGCCAGUACUGUGAGUGCACUCACAUUGCAGCCUGGCACUGGGGAAAUCCUAGCUGAAAAUGGGCAAAGAAAUUCAAAUUUAGUACAUUUUUUAAAUUAUUUUUUUUGUGUCUUGUAUUGUGUUUAGUGUUUUGUGCGAUUUUGUUUUUAAAAUAUUUAACUGAUUUUGCAUUGUACAUAGGAAAGCACAUACAAUUACAAAAUCACAAAGUGCAAAAUAUAGUGAUUUUUUUUUAGCCAUCUGAAAAAAAGUUAUUGGCAGUGAGUCCCUGCGCUGACAGUGCGCUUACUUUGCAGAGGUGACCCUGUGCCCGCUGGAUAUGGGCAAAGACAUGAGAAUUCCAAGGAAGUUGUUUAUUUUGGCAUUUCGUAUUGUGUGUAGUGAUUUUUUAUUACGCGUUGUCUUGUUUUAUACAUAUCCUGCUUUUGCAAUCGAUUUAGACUGUUUACAUUGCUCAUAGGAAGCAGGUCUGAAAAUUACACAGUGCCCUGUGAUAUCUCAGCUAUAUUCAAAGUUGCCAGUGAGUUUCAGGACUGUCAGUGCGGUUACAGUGCUGGCCCUGUAGCCUGAGUAAAAAUAAGAAGAAUUCUAAGUUGUUUUUUGCAUUUUUGUGUAUUGUUUUGUUUUGUAUUUUUUUGUUUUGCUUGUAUGCUGCUGUCGCAACUGAUUUUAGACUAGUUAAAAAUAUAAAUCUCUGUCUAUCUGUAGAGUGCGUUAGUGGUGGUGUCUGAGAUUUCUAUUACACAGAGAUACUCGUGCUGUUUACUGGUUGAGUGCAGCCUACAGCUUUCUGUACAGUAUGCACUUAUAUGUCUAUGGCUUGAUAAGAGCUUGCCUUAAGGCUGGAGAAGCUUUAAUUUGGCCUUUGGCUGUCUCUCCUUUUUCUUAAUCAUUAUUUAUGACAGUAGUUUUCUGGAAUGCUCAGAUUGCAAGUUUGUUACCUCUACAGUUCAAUCAAUGCACACUUUUAGGCGUCCCUGUGUUGUGGAAACUUGUAGACUUUAUGGAUUAUUUAGAAAAGUGUGAAUUAUUGGGAAUUCAAAAUUUACUCAAAGUUAAUUUCACAUUAUAGGCCAAAAUAGCCAAAUCAAGACUAUAAAGAAGGUGGAGAAUAUUACCAGUUUGACUAUUGUGGUCUUAGAUUUGGUAAUUCACAAUUUGGUCUGUAGCAUAUAACUGAGUUUAAUAGAGACUGUGGUGGUUCACUAGAGUGCAAUGGGACAUCUGAAGCAUUUCAAGUAAUUGGAAUAACUGGCACAAGUGGAAAUCCAAUUGUUUUACCCUGUAGCUAUUGAUAUUGAUCGGUGCACUUCUAGACAGGGAUAGAAUAUCUAUUGUCAGUAAAUAAUUAACAUUGUCAUAGCCAGUAAUGUGUGUGUGUGUGUAUGUUCAUAGACAAACUCUUUAAAUCUUAAUGCUUUCUUAAACAUGUGUCCAUAAAAUAUUUAGGCAUCCACUGCAGUUCUGUUUAUGCUCUAUUUGCAUUGCAAAAUCAACGCACGUUACUUAAUCUGCCUCCUAGGUGGCGUUUACCUUUAAGGAUGUUAAGUAAAUUCCAGAAUAUAAAUAAUUCCCCUGAAGUGUUAAAAAAUUCAAGCGUGUAGAAUAAAGCAUACAUAACUGAUGAUUGUAUCAGCGCAUGCAUUUGAGCCCUCUGCAAUUAUGAAUACCAAAGCGCUGUUAUGGAGAAUUGGAAUGAAAGUCUUGGAACUGUCUGUCACAGUAGAAUGCAAGCAAGGGUUCUGGCUUCCAGUUGCUUAAUAUAACAGUCUGGUGGUAGCACUGAUUUAGUGAAACCAUUCUUUUAAACAAUUCUGGUCAAUAUUGAACCUGACAGCAGAGUUUGAUAUAUGAUUGUGGUCAAUAGAUGUUGAAAAUUUUGAGCUGAGUUUAGGGAAAAACAAGUUCGAGGGUGUCCUAGUGAAUCAGAGUAAAGCUUAGGUAUUCCUUUAAAUAAACACAAGAAAGUGACAUAGCGACCUGUGACUAACCAUUUGUUUAAGUAUAGCUGAUAAAAUGAAAACAUUGGGUGUUGUGCCAAUAGGACAGACAACUUCGCUAAAUUAUUUGUAUACAAAUGAUAAAUCGAAAUGUAUAAAACAUGAGUUUCGUGUGUGUGGGGGGAUGUUAUUGCAUGUUUUUGCUUGUGUAUCUGUGUGUAUACAUGCAUUUUGUACGUCAAAAUAUCAUGUAGAUGAUAGCACAUUUGCCAAUGUCACAAAAUGACUUUGACGUGCAGUAGGUUUAAGUACAUUUAAAAAGUUUCUAGAUUGCAAAGGUUACCAUCAAAGUAGGAAUGUGCCACGGGUGAGAGGUAAAACCUCACCUCCGGUCUAUAAUGAUCACAAAUAUUUUCUAUUCCACAUCUGUUGAAUGACCUUGUGUGCGGCAAUGAGUUAAGGUACAUAGUCCAGCGUUGUAGGUGCCAAAGAUAUUAAUUCUUAUCGAAGCUCUUAAGUCCAGUUCAUAUCCUUCAAGAAGAUAAACAAGGUGCAUUGGAAAUUGUCCAACCCGCUGAUCUUCCUUGUCUUUCUAGAGUAUGCAAAACCGCCAGUCAGUUUUCAUUCAAGGCUGACAUAUCAAAUGGAAAUGUAGAUUUGUUAAAUGAAGCAGUAACAGUGCACAGGCUAUAUUGAUUGACUGUGUAUGAAAAAGGCAGACAAGCACAUCUGUAUGUUUUAUAGUAGAAAUUUUGGUGUUAAAACCAGAUUCCAGUUUUAAAAAUGUAAUGGAUAAAAAUGUAGGAUCAAGUUUUAAAAGUUGAGGAAACCGUAGACACCAUGGUUUUAUGGUGAUUGCCCAAAUUCUUGAACAUUAACACAUUUAUCGCUAUAAUAGCUCAGUCCGUCAGACACCCCACCCCUUCUCUGUACAGGGAAUGGACUCAAAUUCCAAUUGGUUUUUGCAAAUCCAAUAGGAUAUCUUAAAACCCCAGUUCACUGACUGCAUUAGAACUGGACUAGACUGAUGAAAGAUAGGAAGUACCCAAUUGUUUGUCGUUUCUAUGCAUAGAUAUUUAUGUUCUAUGGAAUAUUCUAUAAAGUUGAGAGGGAUAAUGCUUUAAAAAAAAAAAACCUAUCUAAAUACUAUAAAACAAGAACAAAAUCUGGGGCAACUGAUGGCCCCCCUUAAACUGACAAUUACACCAAAAUAUAAAAAUGUAAAAAAAAUGUAAAAAUUACAAUAAAGCAUCUUAGGAAAAAGGCAAAACAUUUUAUUUUUUAAUUUUUAUACUAAGUUAUUAUAAAUCUUUGUAUUUCGAUAAUUGUGUAAUAAGGGUGUAUGUUCUAUCUCAUGUAGUUAGUUUGACAAUGCACAGCUUACUAUCAUUUGUCAGAUUGAGUUACCAAAAUAGAGAUAAUUUAUAAAUGGCAAACUUUAAGCACUUUGUCUCACAGCAUCCUAAGGACUUUUUCCAUCAACGCAGUUUUAACUUUCAUAAAGCACACAAAAGUGAUCUUCGCUAUGCAUGGCUAUAAGCUGUGCACACAUUCUGGAUCUAAAAUGUUUAGUCUCACUGUCAGAUUUGAAAUCAGGUAUCUCCUAUAGCAUUUCUAGUGCAAACUUUCUAAGCCUGCUGGACAACAAAUGAUAUAAUUCUUUUCCAGUGGUUUAUAUAUCUGGAUUGUGGCUGUUUUACUGCUGAUAUUUCAAGGCUAGCAAAGUUGUUUGCACUUUGCUCAGAUGUAAUCACGGUGCCUUUCUGUUUGUCCAGGUUCCUGAUUCAUAUUUUUACUUUCUAAACAGAGCUUUUGCCAAAUGUGGGCCAAAAUAGGAAAGCUAGAAAAACAUUCUCGAACUGUAUUAUUUUUAUUUUAGUUAAUUUGGUCAAACUUUUAGCAACCUAUUUAUCAAUUCAUCACUAUCUCUAGCGAAUAAGGCCUUAAGUCAUUUGCGCUGUUGCAGGGAUGAUUCAUUCAUAUAGUGGUGAUAACAUUUUUAUUAUUAUUUACAUUUUUUUAUACCCAUUGUACUGCGCUGCGGAAUUUGGUGGCGCUAUAUAAAUAAUAAAAUAAUAAUAAUUAUCAAAAUGCCAACUGCAUUAAUAAUAUGACACGUGCUUGUUAUUGGGUUAUUUUUGGACAGACAAUGGUUCUAUUUCAAUUCUUUAAAACUUAUUUUUAAAUUUUUUACAAUGUAAUAACCGAUAUAUGUGUAAGUUUGACAAUGUAAUAACCGAUAUAUAUGUAUUAGCUCAACACAUGUUUUCUUUAUCUCAAACAAUAUAAUGUGUAAAAAUUAAAGUUAGAGUAGUUUCAUAUUAAAGUGCAACAAAGAAAUAUAAAUCAAAAUAGGCCCCAUGUUUUCAUAUUCAGAUCAAAAUCCUUUUCUAUUUUUGGAAAACAUGUUUAUUUGGGACUAAAGGCUGGUUUCAUCCCAAUGUUUAUUUACUGUGUCAUUUCAACAGGUUUUUCCACAUUUGGAAUGAAAAGAAGGGAUAAGCAUAAAGCUCUAGAGUGGUAAAUAAAAGCAGGGUACAAGAUAAGCUGCAGCAAAGAUACAAGAAUGAUUUAAUCUGAAAUCAAUUAUCUGCCAUUGGUUUGUGCCUAAUACAUCGCUAUUACAAGCUUUGCAUAAGCAAAAGAAAUGCCACAGGGCACAGGUCCCAGACGUCCCUUUCCCAUGGAUCUCUUGACAUACAAUGGGUGUCGUCAGGUCAUUUUGACAACUGGAAUGGUGUAUGGUGUUAUAAAAUAAUAUGAUCAUUUCACUUAUUGAAUGAAUAGUAUAUGUGUUUUGCUUACCAAAGUAGUCAUUAAUAGCCUGCUCAAGAUCUGGUCUGCAGGUAUAAGUAGUUUAAAAGUCACACAGGUAGUGAUUUCCCGAACGGUUCGCCGCGGACUCAUCAUUGAGUAAACUUUGACCCUGUACCUCACAGUCAGCAGACACAUUCCAGCCAAUCAGCAGCAGACCCUCCCUCCCAGACCCUCCCACCUCCUGGACAGCAUCCAUUUUACAUCCAUUGUGAAGCUGCAUUCUUAGUGAGCUGUCCAGGAGGUGGGAGGGACUGGGAGGGAGGGUCUGCUGCUGAUUGGCUGGAAUGUGUCUGCUGACUGUGAGGUACAGGGUCAAAGUUUACUCAAUGAUGAGUCCGCGGCGAACUGUUCGGCGAACCGUUCGGGACAUCACUACACAUAGGUUAAUGUGACCAUUACAUGUCAUUUUUUUAUGCAAAAACUAAUGUAAAAUACAAAUUUUGGUUUACAGACUACGGUUACGUGAGAUCAAAAUACUAAAGUGAAUGUGAAAUGAAAACAUGAUAUGAUUUCAUUAAUACCUUCAUCGUACAGGUUCCGAAAAUUCCAAGAGAAUGCUAAAAUAAAUGCAUAAUUUCCUCAUGCAGUCAGUACCAGUCCAUGACUAAGCAUCUGUAUUAUCUAAGGGAAUACACUUACAUUUGCGCUCAUGUGAACCCAGAUAUCUUAUCGCCAAUCCUUCUACUACCAUAUAUUCUCAUUAUGCAUUUAUUCUAUUUAAAAAAAAAAGAAAAAUCUAUGUAAGCCUCUUUCAUCUCUCAUGGGGUGUAAACUUUGAAUACAGUUUAUUUAGGGAUAUUUUUCCAUAAGACAUGCUGAUGACACUAGCAUAAAUACUUUUUUUCAAGUGCACUUUGAACACUGUUCCACUUAGGAGUUUAUUCACUAGAAUGAAUUGUUUCUACGUGAAAACUGAAUUUGCAGAUUUUAGACCAUAAUAAUUGAGUUGAGAACUUCACCCACUCUGUAUCACGUUUGGCUAUUUUUGACUCGUGUUUUCCAAAGGAGUGAGAAAAAGAUGAAUUGUUCGAUGCACCAUCAGUACAACCAAAAGUAAUAAAUGUAGACAUUGCAGCUCGUUCUUCUUUAAGUAGGUCAAAUGCAUUUCAUUACCCUGGGAGAUUAUGUAUACUUAAAAGCAGCAUAUUAUUGUAGUUUCAAACUCAUGCCAUUGUGCAGAAAUGCAUGUAGCAAAAUAAUUAACCCUUAGAUAGCUAGUUUUAGUACAUUAUCUCAUUUGCGUGGGAUAGGAAUUAAUCUGAUAAAUGCUAGGAAUCCAAUGAAAGGUCACUUGAUACAGUCUUAUAAAUUUUGGAGGGCUGAGAGUUGAUUGAAAAGCAACAGCAGUAUACAACCUAUAUAUCAUCUACUUAAAAGUAACAUCAGAUGUAUCAGAAUGUAUAAGUUACAGUAACUCAAAAUGUAUAUUUAAAAAUUUAAGUUACCAAGACAUAAAGUACCCCUUAGAUCUGUUUCCACGUCAAUUGCCUUUAUUUUUACUACUGCCAACCUUUCUGUAUGAUCUGUGCUUUUAAAGUAAUAUUCCAGGCCAUUAAAUCUGAUAAGGAACAUAAUGUAUGAGCCAGGGACCCUUAUUUUGUUUAAACUGCUUAAAAAUGGAGGGACAGCACCUGGGGACUUCGAGGACUAUAACCAAUUCAGUGAGACGAAAUGUGUCCCUUUAAGUCAAGACUUGAUAGGUUUCUACCAACACCAGUAACAUAACCACUUGUUUAAGGAUCGCUAUAGGGUCAGGAACAUGAACAUGUAUUUAUGACCCUAUAGUGCUAAACCCGGUAUAAAAGUUUAAAACUCACCUUAUUUCCAGCACCACAUGACUACGCCGGUGCUGGCUCUGCCCCCUUUGUGUCAUCGAAAUGGCUGAUUUUUAGCCAAUCCAAUGCUUUCCCAUAGGUAAAGCAUUGGAUUGGCUAAAAUCGGCAUGGGGCUGGGCCAAAUGCCGUUUUGGCCAAUCAGGACCUCCUCAUAGAGAUGCAUUGAAUCAGUGCAUCUCUAUGACGAAAAUUCAGUGUUUCCAUGCAGAGCGUGGGGACGCUGAAUGGCAGGGUUGCUUACUGUGCAGCCCUGAGCCAGGAAGCACCUCCAGUGGCCACUUGGAGGUGUCCCUAGGGGCAAUGUAAAGGCAGUAUUUACAUGAAAAUGCCUGAAGGGAGCUAUUAUACUCACCAGAACAACUACAUUAAGCUGUAGUUGUUCUGGUUACUAUAGUGUCCCUUUAAUGCAGUGUUGAAUUACCACAGAGUAUAAAAAUAGGUCAAAAGGCCUCAUCCCCAGUAAAUUUAGAAUGUUCUUUAUUUAUUCAUGUUUUAUAACCAGACAGACCAUUUUUUUUAUGCGUCCCUACCAUGCAGUGAAUAAGAACAUUUGUAAAGGAGUAAACUUUGUCCGGUCUGUAAUAAGCUUCCAGGGCAUGAAUUCUGGCUGAGCGAAAGUAAAACCAGUAUCUAUGCCAGGUCAGUUGAUAGAGUUACACAGUGGAGUAGAUAGCUUCAGCUUUGAAAACUAUAAGAAGAAAAGUAUCAAAUUUUUUUCAAAAAGAUUUCUCUAUUUACUACUUUUCAAAUCAACCCUGGGGUGUAGGUUUUAUUAUACACAUAAUAGAAUGCUGUUUUGUCAUAUUUUAAAAUAACAGAGUAUCCCAUUGUUUAGAUAAAUUAUGCAGUAUUUCAAUCUAAAAUAGUUGUAGUGGAUCACCAAUGAGCCGUAGGUUUGUUUUAAGAGAUUCAGUUUAGAUCACAACACAGAGUAUCUGAUGUAAUUACAGGUUGUAUAUAAUAUUAUUCCACCCACGACUUAAAUAUUCUAGUUAUGUCACAGAGUUUGUAAGAAGCCUAUUCCACUUAAAAGGCUCUUCUACGUGUUCCGUGUCUCAUGACUUGGAAUGCAAGCACUGCAGGCAACAUCCAAGAUGUGUGUUUGUUGUGAGUGGUAUUGGUUUCUAACUUUCUUGGGCAAAUAAACCAAACGUCCCAGAUAUGGAAAGAGCAGAAUUCAAUGUUUAUCUCUCAGGUUUAGCAGCAUGCAUGUUAUAGCCUUAAAGGGACACUACACCACAGUCACCAAAACGUAGUUAGCUUAAAAAGGCAGUUUUUGUGUAUAGACAAUGAUCAAGUCUCUCUGAUCACUUCUCUGCCAUUUAACUCCAGUUUGUGUAUACAAGGGCUUACCAUAUGUUACAACUCGUACUAAGAUUGAUUUUUUAAGGGGCUUAUGGUUUAUGCAAUAAACGUCACAAAACAAUGACAAUAUAAUAAGCAGUUUCCCUUAGCAUAAUUGGAAAUUGCUAAAGGAAACUGCUUAUUAUAUUGUAAAAGAGUUAUCAAGUUGUGGCAUAGUCAGUCUAUCUUUCAGGUUAAAGGCAAUAUACUGCUCUUGCCUGUGCUAAUCUAAUUAAAUUUAUUAAAGAUGUGAGAUUGGAUCACUAAUUAUUACGUUUUGACUACUAAGUCAUCUGAGAAAGUUUGGGGAAAUAGGGGUUGUUAUGAGCAGCAAUAUGUUAAUUUAAUAAUAGAAUUAAACAGAAUAAUACAAUAUUAUUAUUCUUUUGUGUGCCUUUUACUAAAAUAGUGACAAACGUGAUUGUGGUGUAGAUUGUGAAGGGUUUAAAAGUCAACCAAUAGAUGGUGUCUGUCCAGUUUCUAUGCAAAGUAAAGAGAUCUUCUUCAUAAUAGUUUAUCUGUUUUAAUAUUUCAGUGUCCUUCAGUACAUUGCUCAGCCUGCUAAAGGCAAAUGUUUAAUCCAGUUAUGGCUAAACUUGGCAAGGCUGAUGCUCGUAAAAUACAUUUCCUUUGAUAUGCAGCCAGCCGCUAAACUUUUUGACUGGCUGAGCAUCAUGAGAAAUGUACUUUACAAAUGUCUGUUGUUAGUGAUCACUGUCCUAAUUGCCAAUCCAAUCUGGUUUUACUUUUGGGGAAAAAUUGCUUCCUUUGGGCGGCUGAAGAAUGAGUCAUGACCUUGGAUUUUGGACUAUCAUGUUGAUUGUCUUCCCAUGCAACUGCAGUGCCACCGAAUAUCUGUUCCUGAACCCCUCGAAUGCUUUUGUUAGGGCAUCUAAGGCUAGCGUUUAUGAGUAGAAAACUAAACAUAUUGUCAAACUGACAGGACAAGGGCUUUAGAGUGACACAAUUGGCAGGUGUCCAAUAAUCUACUCUGUGACUUUGUAAACUAGAAGAUUAAAAAAUACUUUAUAGGAACAAUAUAGAAUGUAAGCUCGUUUGAGCAGGGUCCUCUUCAACCUAUGGUUCCUGUACAUUUUCUUGUAAUUGUCCUAUUUAUAGCUAAAUCCCCCCUCUAAUUAUAUUGUAAAGCGCUACAGAAUCUGUUGGCGCUAUAUAAAUGGCGAUAAUAAUAAUAAUAAUAUACAUAGCAUUAGGGAUACAAACCUGUAAUAAUGGAUGCAAGUAUUAGCAACUUGUGACACAUACAAACAUUUGUGUGGGACAUAUUAAGGCAUUAGAGAGUGGUGGAAUAAAGCUUAGUGGCAGUACGAAUAUUUUAUUCUAUUAUGGUCUUUGCAUGCUUUUAUUUAUACGAUACAUCUGGAAGUUAUCUAAAAUGUGCUAUAUGCUAAACAGUUUCUUAGUGUAAAUAAUAAUAAAUAAUAAAAAAGUUGAGCUCAUUCUAUGCAAUGCCAAUAUACAAUAUCCAUAUAUUGGAUGUUAUUGGCUGGCAUUAUUUUGUAACUGCCUCUCUACAUUUCACGUGUUAUUAUUUUUCAUUUUUAUAACUUGUUUCAACAUGUUAGAUCUUUCUGUGUACAUGAUGAAAAUGCACAACCAAAUUCAACUUUUUUUAUACCCUAUAAACAAACCGCUAAAAAUAACUGUUUCCUACAAAACAGCAUUUCCUUAUUUAUUUAAACAGGAUAAAAACAACGCCCUUGUUUCAUCAAAAGCAUCCCAUGAGGUCCAAAUAUUGUAAGCUGUGAAACAGAUAUAUAAUUAUUCUUUAGCGGUUUUUUUGACCAUUGUCACAAAAACUGCAAAAUGAUUUUUUCCAUUUUUAUAUCAUUUUUGUUUGUUCAUAUUUACUCUGUAUCCUAAAAAAGUCACAGUGAUGAUAACAGAAGCAGCAAUCUACAGCUACAGUGUUGGUAAAUCCAUGGAAAUUAUAACCAGCAUAGAGAUUAUGUGACAAUUGAAAGGUAUGUCUUUCCAGUGGAUUGAGUUUAGAUGGACAGUCAUUCAUUCUUCAGGUAAUGAUCCGAGACACACCUCAAAGUUGUGUAAAGAGCUUUGAAAAGUGUUGUUUUUUUUUGUUUUUUUUUGUUUGUUUUUUUAAAAUCUUCGUCUUAUUCACAUUGUGUGGUAUUGAGGUCUGGAGCCUGGGCAGGUGAGGCCAAUAGAUUCAAUUGCCUUUCACUUGUCAUCAUGGCUAAAGAGUGCUAUUCAACAUGGCUUUGAUACGCCUUCUGCUUUGUUGGUUUUGUUUUUUUAAUUGUAACGUGUUUCCCAUUUCAAGUAUUUCAAGAAAAUUAUACAACCCGAAUCAGUGUCAUUUAUGAAGUCAUUCACAUUGCCAAAUUGUGUAUUCGAAAGGCAAAAGUGGGUACCCCAAAUUAAAUUUAUCAUUAUACAAACGGGGCUUUGGUAUUUCUGGAAAUGUAGAAGAUCAGUUAUAUAGGAGUUGGUACAAGUGAAGUAGACUAUAUCAAAGUUUCGCAAGCUCUGGUGAAUAUUGGUAUUUUUUUUUAAUGUAUUAUUAAAAAAGGUAGUAGCAUAAUAAUGUAGAGAAAAAAAAAUAUGUUGAUGAUGUCAUUAUAUGGAUAGUGAUAAAGUUGGGGUCUGAAAAAUAGAUUUCAACCUUCCAUCUUCUACCCCAAUCUUGGGUGCCUCUCUUCCGUUGCCCGUUUGUUAAAACACUCUAGGAAACAUGAUUACACUACAGAAUCGAAUAACUUGGCUGGUCCCUCCUCAUACAUAGUGGCAAAGAAGGGAUGUGAAAUGGUUAGGAGAAUGGUAUAUUGAACUUUCCAAGAUCCACUUUCAUCAUUAAAUGUCCAAGCAUAGGUUAUAUUUAAAGAAGUUAUAAUAUACCAAGAGGAGAAGAUAACUCUGCUCCUACAACUACCAAUGUGGUGGCCACGGGAGUCACAUGCGAGUCACAUAGGAUUGCAGGUGCAUUUGACUCAUAAAUUCCCAAAGAGCUACAGUAUGUUUGUUUUUGUCUCUGCAAAGUGGUGUUUGCAGUGAGAGACAUCACAUAAACAAAUACAUCCAUCUGGAAGUACACAUUCGCAUACAGGGUGGGUCAUGCUGAAAACAAAAUACAUCUCUUCUGUAUUGCUGUAGGUCAUAGUUGUUACAGUUGUUGUGCUGUGCAAAUAGUCAGGAUUUAUGUUUUACCGUGCCCAGUUUGGGAAGUUUAUACUAACUUAUCAACUCCUGUUAAUGCCAAGUAAGCGUAAACAUUCUUUUGAAACAUGAAUUGGCAGCUUACGUGCUUUCACUCCCACAUGCGGAUUUCAAAUGGCAAAAGAAACUGUGUUCUUCCCUUGAGUAGUUUUUAUGGUUUGUAGUUUUGUUUGAAAAGGAAGACUAUGAAAUCUAUAGAGAUUGAUUUGUCAGACAGCAUUAAUGUUUCCUGGCAAUGUAAUCCCUAACUGCAAAACCUUUAUUACUUAUAUAAACUUUGCAAAAUCGAAUGUGUUGAAAUGAUCAUUUUCCUUUAAUGAAUUUUCCUUUAAUGAAUAAGUGAUCAGAAACAUCUGGAACAAGGCAAAGCCAAUACAUUUCUUUUUUUGCUUGCAAAAUAUCUUCUCUUAAAUCUCUCUGUACGUUGUGUUUGCUUUAUCCCGAUGUGUUUUGUUUUCGAGUUAUUGUUGUGUAAAUGUAGGAGCUUUUUAUCCGAAUAGUCUUUCAGAUGAAACUUCUCUAUCACACAAUGACAACAUUUAUUGCAGUCUAGUUCUUAAAGGGAUAGUCCAAGCACCUUAACUGCUUAUGCUCAUUGUAUAGGCUAUGGGGCAUAUAGCGCUAUGUAUUUGUCAUCUUUUAUUUUAUGAAUUAGAGCUGCAGAAAUUGCCUACAUAUGUGACCACAAUUGCUUUAACUCAUGGAAAAAAACCUGAACCUACUUAAUUUUUUUUUUUUAAAGCAUCUGGCUUUUUAAUACAUAUACGGCAUAUGCCAUAAACCUUUGGUGCAAAGAUCAGUGCAGAAGCUACAAAUCCUGGUAGGGAAUAAAUAAAAAUAGGGAACAAUAAAAGGAGUCUUGUUUUUAUGUUUACAUACUUAUUUCUGCAUAAUGAUCUUUAUUAAAAAAAGGAUCAACUUGAGCCCGAAGUGUCCCUGUUUCCGUUUCUAGAGAUUCACUGAAUGCAAUUUUCUUGUUGGCUGACAUCAGCCGUUAAUCAAUUUGUACAGUAUGGAAAAACAAUUAACAUUCCGGUAGUACAACCAUGAAGAUAAGUGAUACAAAUUGUAAAGAUAAAAUACUUAAAUAAUUUGUCCCAUUUAGGAAUAUAUUUACACAAACAGAACUUGAAAACACUAUGAAAAAUUUAAAACAAAACAUUGCCUAUUGUUAGACGUAGGAGAAGAACAUCAGUUUAAUCUCAUGUUAUUUGAGAUUUAGGCAUACAUUAAUACAUGUCAGAAUUAUCAUGUAUCUCCUUAUUCAGUUAUAUUAUCCCAUUAGCAUGUUUAGUAUUGGCAUAUGUAAAAGAAGACACAUUGCUUUAGAGCUACAGGACAAUUACGACUAUUUAGUUACACUAGUUAGCAAAACGAAGAGUGACAGUGGAAUUUGUUAGCAGUAGUCAUCCUUAAUGAUAAUUUCAUUUAGUGAAUGAACAGAGCAAAUGUACAUUGAAUGAUAACAGUUGAUGCAAAGAGACAGUUUAUAAUUUAAUAAAGACAAAGUAUGUUUAAUGAUGUAACAUGUUCUGUUUUGUCUUAUUAUUAUUCCACUUUAGAGUUUUAGCUUUCCGACAAUAAUCUGCUCUCUCCAAGACAUACUUGGUGCAUUAGUGACAAAAAAUAAGUAAGGGUGCUUGUAUUUUCAAUUAUGGAGCACAGAAAAUAAAAAUGAAUACGUGUUUCUUGAUUUUUUCCUAUAAAAAGACAGAAAAAUGUACCUUGCAAUAGCUACAUAUGAUGAUAUUUCAUGACUAGAAGCAUUUAUUUGAGUUAUAAAUAUUUGAAUCUCACUGAUAUAGCAGCUGCUAUUCUCCCUGUACUGAUUUAGUGUGCUAUAAUAAUCCCAUCAUAUGGCUACCAGCAGAGGCGGAGCUAACGUAUAUAACUAACGUAGAUAUGUUUUGUCCCUCCCCCCCCCCCCCAAUAUCAAUGGGGGCCAAAAGGUAAUUUCCCAUCUGUUUUACAACAGAUGCUUUGCCAACUGAUGAUCUAACAUUUGCCCAUCCUUGCAGGUUUGUAUUUAGCACUGAGCAGUGUCUGUGUGUUGGAAUGUAAGCAUGGUUUUGUAUGGAGUACGUGUGAGUGAAUAUAGGGGUAGGAGUGUAUUUGUAUGCAGUGUUGGCGCUUGAAAGCAGGCAUACAUUUAUGUGUGGUGUUGGUUUUUGAAUGCAGGGGUGUGUUCAUAUAUAAUGUUGGUAUUUUAAUACAGAGGGGUGUAUGUAUGUAGUGUUGGCAUUUGCAUGCCGGGGUGUAUUUGUGUGUAGUAUUGGAGUUUAAAUGCUAACAUGUAUGCACAUAUACAAAUACACUGCCACAUAAACACACUGAUACACAAAUAGAUAUGCACAUACUGACACAUAUGCAGAUACACAGACGCACAGAAGCGUACACUGACAUAUAUACAGAAUCACAGACACAUACACAUGCUGAUACAUCGACACAGAGAUACAAACACUGACACACAGACACACAUGCUGGUCAACAUUUACAAAAAUUUUCCCAGCACUUCCUGCAGAUAUGAAGGAACCCAGUCAUGCUGUUAAAGGGCCGCAGUGCAUGACUGUGUCCGUGAUGACACUUGUCCAAUGGAUGGCCCAAAUUGCAUGGACAACUCAGUAGGCCCCCUCAGCAUGCAGGCCCCGAUGCAGCUGCACUGGCAAUAGUGCCGCCACUGGCUACCAGUAAAUGCAUUGAAUAUUUUGAAAUCUAUUUCUGAAUUGUAGUUAUGUUUUUUUUUUUUUCCUCUACCAUUCCUUACAAAUAAAUUCAAGUAGUUAUUGGCUGGUACAUGAAAACUAUGGACUAUCAUUAGUAGAAAUCAUAUAUGGAUGUUGGAAAAUGAUGGAAAAGGAUUUCCUUAACCCUGGUUUAGAAAGAGUUAAUAUAGGAAUCCUGAGGAAUGAUCUGUUUUUUUAAAUUUUUUAUUUUUUUUUGCCAAUUGAAUAACACUGAAACCACAAACAAGGUUAUCACGAUAUUGGUCGAUAUACGUUGUAUUAUUAUUUGCUAGUGUGUUUUGUUUUUGGCUGAACUUCAAAUCCCAUGAGUCAUGAGAAUUUUGUAAGUUGUAGGCCAUCAACAUCUGACGUUCCAGAUGGGGUGCAAAUAUGCAAAUAUCCGACAUGAAGACUCAUUCAAAAGUGAGAAUUCAAAACAAAUUUGUAAUGGAAGCCAAAAUAGCUAAGCAUUUUCCAAGUCCACUAAGCUCAUUGAAUACAAUACACUUUAACAUCACUAGUUAAUAAUAAUAAUAAUAAUAGUAAUAAUAAUAAUAAUAAUAAUAAAAACAAAAUAUUUAAUCAGGAAAGGUACAUUCAGAUUACUCUGGUUUUCAAGUACGUCCUGGGGAUGUUACCUUAGCCCAACAUCCAGGGGUUGUUACUAUUACCCAAUUUAAUGGUACUCAUUUUAUCUACCUCGGAAGGAUAAAUGGCUGAGUCAAUCCUGCUGGGAUUUGAACCUGCGACCCAAGGGUUCAACAGAUUCUAUGGGUCAUCGUCAAUUGUUUUAUAGUAUAUCAAGAUAAAAAUUGAUAUAAUAUAUUUGACAUACUCAGAAAAAAAUUUAAGAACAAAACACAAAAGAUAGCUCACGCAGUGAUAUAAGAUUGGCUUCAGCAAGUUUUUUUUUUUUUUUAUAUAAUAGUUAAGGCUGGUUUAAGAGGCAAAUGUAAAAUGUAUAUAUAUCUGAUGAUGAAUUGACAUUAAAUGUUUUAUGCUGGUACAUCAGAAAAAUUGUUAUGAGUGUAUCAGAUGUCUGCUGAGCUGUGACACUUGCUGUGCUGUUCUUUGUAGAGCAUCAAAUAUAUAAAAUGUGUUUGCGUCUCUGAAGACUCGAUUUGCCUACACCUGCCUUUUAUGAGGUCUGCCCUUAAAUGUGUAGCAGUAUGAGUAUAUGACCCACCUGAUGAAAAAAGCUGUUUUAGAUUACACAGCGAAAGCUAUAUUUGUGGCGUUUAUUAAGGACAAAAAGCAGAGUAAAUGAGAUGUGCUUUCUGGUCUGAAUACAUGUCAAGUGAAACAAUGAUUAAGAUGAUAAAGUGCAGACUGCCAGUUUUAAUUUAAUGGUGCUAGUUACAUCCCUAAAUUGUAAAACUUGUAUAAAUUACACCUCUUUUUAAACAUAUAACCCACAUUUUAUUGGUCUGCAAGCAAUUAUUUUGCAUGCUUUAAUGUGACAUUUCAAUUUAACUCGAGCUGAUUGAGAAUGUGAGUCAGUUUUAAAUAUAAGACAUAUACCUACAUACAGUUAAGAUUUUUGCAUUACGCAGUCUUUUUGGGAAUCUGCAUGCCACAAAUUCAUGUUGGCAAAAACCACAAAUCCCCAUUGCAAAAAUUCAAGCUGACCUGUUACAAAUAUUUAUAGGAAGAGUAGUAGACUAUUUUUUAUAUCAUUUUUGUCAGACCUAAUAUUUAUAUAAAAAUAAUCUUUCCUCCUGAGCUAGUUAUUGAAUUAACUCGGUAUUAUGUAGAAUGAUGAGAAUUUUCAUUGGAGUUAACAAGUUCCAUUUUUUUCUUAAAAGAAUACUUUUAUUGCAAAUGUUUUAUUCUUCCAUUUUUUUUAUUUUGUGGUCUGACAAAAAGAGCAAUUCUCUUUGUGCGUGCUGUUGUUUUUUGCUUGUUUUUUCAAUGGCAGACUAUUCAACAAUUGUCUUUCCACCCACUGGAGAUGUUACAAGUGUAGUCACUUUUGAAUGUUAACAUUCUGGAAUCUAACCAGUUUUCAACAUGUAUUUCAUAUUUUAGGAUGUUAGACUUAAUAAUAAUGACUGUCAUCAUUUAACAUAAAGCAUGAUUAAACCUUAUUAACUGUAUGCUUCUUCUAAAAUUACAUAACCAUCACAAAGGGAUUGGCAAUGACUGAAUAAAUAUGGGUGAACCAAUUUUUUGUUACAGACUUUCAAAUAACACUAAUAUCAAAAUUGAAUGCAGAUGUCAUGUGCUAAACAUGUUUUUUUUUUGUUGUUUUUUUUUAAAGGGAAAAAAAAGUAUAGAUCUCUUGUUAUACCUCUAAACUUUAAAGAUCUCUGGAUCUGUAUGACAAUGCAAGUUAAUUCAAACAAACUUUUUUUAUCACUUAUCUGUGUUUUUAAAGAUUGUGGCAUUGCGUCUCACCAUAAAACACCUUAAACCUUGAAGGCUUAACUUUGUUGCAAUUAGUUAGAAAAUAUUUACCACUUGGGUGUAUUGAGGCAUAUCACAAAAGCCAAACACAAUCUGUAAAUGUAAUUAAGUCGUUUUUAUAGUAGAAAAUUAAGUGUUAGGCCACCCUAAGGAAUUAAGCCCUGAUUUGAAAGUAAGUGUGGGUUUGUGGUAACACUGGAAAAUGUAUGCCCACUGGAGAAACAGUGACAUUAAUGGCAAUAAUAAUUUGUUCCAGCUGAUUUCAAUUACAUAGGCGGCUGUGUCUUGCCUCAUUUCAUGUAACAAAUCCCAUAUCUCUCUUUGUCAACCGCCAUGGGAAUCGCAGCAUUGUUGGAUAGAACUAUAUUUAAAAUGUUUGCAAGCUGUACAUUUUAUUUCAUUAUACACCGAGGCAAAUACAAACAGUUACGUUUAAGUGCAUUGAUUUACCCAUUGGUCAUUUUAUAUCUCACCAUAAAAUUUAAUACUUGCACAUAUAUUAAAUAUUAAGUGGUCUUGUAUUAAAUCAUGUAUAGCCAGAAUAAAACACAUUCAUCACUAGAGAAUAAACCGCUGUGGUUUUGUGUUACAAUUACAUUUCCUCCCUCUUGUGUGGCAAUAUAAUAUUUACCAGCAAGUCUGUGGUAAAAAAAAAUGUCCAGCAUGCAAGUGAAUGCCUCCUUCUGAUUGGCUGCUUAUUUUCAAUCUCUUAAAUAUCUCUAGCAUGGUUUAUUUUUAAAGAGACGGUUAAAACAGUGGUCAAAAAUUGAACUUUUAAUACCAUUGAACUGUUUUAAUAAUAAUUAGCAUGGCAUAUAGCCAGCUGUUAUUCUAUGUUAAUUACUGUGGUUUUUUUGUACCACCAGUGCACGGAAACAUACGUUUUUAUUACAUGUGUAGUUAACACAGCAGUCUACUCUCUAUAAUCCGCUGUAAUUGUCUCAGUUUAACACUUCACACACUCAUUUAGAACGCACAGCAAAAUAUUGUAAUAUGUAAAGUAAUAGAAGUACUGUUGCAACCAAAACCUUUUUUACUUUUAAAUAUUGUCAAAUGUGACCUAUGUGGAAUAAAAAAGAAAAUGACAAAUAGUGUAGUUUUCCAUACAUAUUCACAGUAACACAUGUAAUAUAUCAAAGAAAAAUGUAGGCUUGAUAUUGUAUGGUUCUAAUCAGCUAUGUUUUGAUGGCAUUGAGAUUAAUGGGGUAUAAAUCAUAUUAUUCCCCAAAGGUUGACCAAAUUAUUGGAACGAUUUGUUACUAAGAGCUACUUGUAUCAUUAAAAAUAAUUUUAUGAAUUGCUCUCUGCAAGGCUAGCAUCGUUCAUUAUAUAGAAAAUGUGCAAUGUGCUAUGAGCUGAGUUGUCAGAAUGUAUUUUUUUUUGUUAAAUAUUGCUAUUGCCAAUAUGCAUAUUAUGUUGUGUCCAUACAGAUACACUUUAUGCAGAGUGUCUGAAUUAGUUUUAAAUAGCGAAUCAAAGAUAAAUAAUAAUUUGCCUUUGUGGUUGCUUUAGUAGAUUAACUGGACAGUGUUUUGUAAUUGGAUAUAUGUUUUGCAUCAGAUUUUACUAAACCGAUCACUGGAAAAAUUCAUACAAAUGGGAUGCAAAUUAGCCUUUCAAUGCCAAUCACAACAUGUUCUUCAUAAGUAUUAAUUUCUUUCAAGCUCUUCUCCUCGAAUAAGGAAAUUCAACAGUAACCAAUACUGGGGCAGAUGGCUCUGCAAAUUAAUAAUUUUAAUGGUGUCUGAAUAAAGAGGCUCAUUGAAUCACUGCCAGUAUAUAUUUGAUAAAAAUGUAUUAAAAGAGCAAAUAAAUCUGCGUAAAUGGAGUUUUUCCCCCGCAAAAAGUUAAAGGACCACUAUAGUGCCAGGAAAACACACUUGUUUUCCUGGCACUAUAGUGCCCUGAGGGUGCCCCCACCCUCAGGGACCCCCUCCCACCCGGCUCUGGAAGGGGGAAAGGGGUUAAAACUUACUUUUUUCCAGCGCUGGGUGGGGAGCUCUCCUCCUCCGAUCCUCCUUCUCUCCUCCCCGUCGGCUGAAUGCGCACCCGCGGCAAGAGCUGCGCGCGCAUUCAGCCGGUCGCAUAGGAAAGCAUUCUCAAUGCUUUCCUAUGGACGCUGGCGUGCUCUCACUGUGAAAAUCACAGUGAGAAGCACGCAAGCGCCUCUAGCGGCUGUCAAUGAGACAGCCGCUAGAGGGAAUGGGGGAAGGCUUAACCCACUGAUAAACAUAGCAGUUUCUCUGAAACUGCUAUGUUUAUAAAAGAAUGGGUUAACCCUAGCUGGACCAGGCACCCAGACCACUUCAUUAAGCUGAAGUGGUCUGGGUGCCUAGAGUGGUCCUUUAAUUCUGCAGUGAUGCAGUCGUUAUGUCUUGGUAUCAUUCACUUCUUUUGAGACCGUAAGGGUUAUUAACUGCACUCUGAGUUUUAACAAAUCAAAAUCUGAAUGGAGACAACUUGGGCAAACAUGGCUGAUUUGAAACCAGACAGAUUUUGGCUAUUUUAAUCUUAAUUUUGCCAUUCAGAUUUGAAUUUGCUACAAUUCCACGUUUAGUUAACCCUUAUCAAUUGAUUGGGGAGUUAUUGACUAUUCUAUUGCUCUAUUCAUUUUUUGUUCAACGUAAUGUAUUAAUGGCAUUUUUUGGAACAUACCCUGCUCUAAGUAUAAUAAUUUCCUAUAUUUUUUCAACUAUAUGAAUUGGCUUUAGAAAAACUGAAAAAAAGAGCUUGUGCUUGAAGUCCAGUACUUUGAUAUGAGGUCAAGCUUGUCUGUAACUUAAUAUUAAGUGGACACACGACUGUCUUCAGCCUCAGUGGAAAAAUACUAAAAUUUCCUCCAGAAAAACUAGUUCCAUCACCCAAAAAUGCUCCGAGUUGUAUUUAUCUUUAGCUCAACAUUCCAUCUGUAGAUAAGGAAAUGACUUUCAUGUCAGUAAUUUGAGAGCACUGUACAAGAACAUUUCUACCAGUUUGAAGUUUAGAAAAGUUCUAAGAAGAUUAAAUAUUCUAACCAAUUUAAUAUGUUUGUGAUCACACACAUGUUUUCUUUUCAGCCAUACAAAGACCAAACACAGUGUACUGGACAAGGUGGAAACUCUGUGAACGCAUGCACAUAUGGACAUGUUUUCCAUAUAAAUAAUAAAUAAAUAAAUAAAUAAAUAUGAAUGCUUCUUGACCAGAUAAUAGAGCAGGGGUAGGCAACCUACGUAAUAGAGCAGUGUGGGUAGUAAUUAUCUAGAAUUAGCUGGAAUUUUUACCAAAUUGGACAUUGCGACAUAUCAGUUCAAAGUAUGCAUCAAAUGUUCAAAGUGGCCAUUGCUUUUGGAUUUUUGUCCAGUUCCAGUGACACUUGAAAAAUUUGUAUUUUAAGAAAGCAGAUGACUAAGAAAUCUGCAGAAUUAGAUUUUUAUAUUCAAGGAGGAAAGCUAUAAAAUCUCAAAAUUGAAUUUGUGGAUGCCACAAACUUUCUAAAUAAAACUGGAAAUUAUUAAAAAUUUCAUUAUGACUACAUGUAUACACAAAAAAACUUAGUUGCGAAGGAUCUGUAUAUGGUUUGCAUCAAUUUAUUCUUUUGAAAUAGCGUUAUUUUAUUAGCAUAUUACUAUAUGCCACUAAGUUAUCACGGUUAUAUACAUUAUCUUUAAAUAUAUUCUGGAAUUCUGUUUUGGCACUGGUUAAUUUUCCUCCCUCCAGUCUGAGAUGCUUUGCUGUCUGAGUAAUCUAUAAACAGAAGUUGACCUUACAAUAUGGAACAGUAGCACAUAUAUGAUACGAACUGUUUAGAGGAGUUUAAGGGAGCCUUGCUUGCUAUUUCUUUUAAAGAAUUUUAAAAUAUAGGCCACGAUGCACGCUACAACAUAUGAGCAGUAGAGAAGUUAUUCAAUAAACCAGAAUUGUGAAGGGAAUUUUUAGGCCAAAAUUGGCAAAUCUGAGACGUUCCUUAGCUUAGAUCUUUUUUGACUAGUUUGGCCUAUAAUUUUACAUUUCUUAUAGUUAAAAGCAAUUAUUUUUCAUGAUAGUUCAUCUUUAAAGCUAUGUAGCCUUUGUACACAAUCAUAAUGAGACAAAUGGGAUUGGUAGAUAUUUAACACAUUUAAUACCACCUACCACCUUUACUAAUUUCUGUAGGACACCUUAUCUUUAAUAUAUUAUUUUUCUUUUUCGUUUUCUUCAAUCUGAUGAGUAUUUAAAACUUGAGCACCUAUGAAAUGACUCAGAACAUCUCUGAGACAUAAUAUUUGAAUUCCUAUAUAGUACAUAUUUUGUUUUGUUGGUUAUUUUCUUUCUUUUCUUUUUUUUUGUAUAUUUAUAUUCUUGUAUUUAUUUUUCCACAGACUUGGAUUAUCACAUUUAUUUUCCUUCAAAUACAAUUCAUUUGUUUUGGGAGUCCUUGCGGAAAUCCAGUCACUGAUGCUGUGAAUGACAUUGAAAAACUGGUAAGAAUUCUAUUUCAUGCAUUAUAUUGGACUUAUAUAGAAUAAAUCUAUUUUGAAAUACCUUACAAUUUUUCACACCUCUCAAAUUCAUAUUUGUUAAGUACAGAUGUAAGUAGACAUAAUAUUUAAAAGUCUGAGAAGUGAAAGUUCCCCUUUUAAUAAAGACUUUAUGUUUAAUAUUUGGUGUGCUUAGAAUAUGUGCGGAAUAGAUUACUCUUAAACAGGAAGUAUUAUUAUUAAUUAAAAACAAAUAGUUAUAAUAAUUUUAAAUUAAAAUAAUAAUAAUGCUCUAUUUAUGGUUUAUUUUUUUGUAAAUUAUAGUUUUUUUUUUUAGAAUCCAGAUACAUGUUGUAUCAAAGCUCAAAUCAAGCUUGGCUGUGAGUUCUUACAUUCAUGAAAAAAGUGAAUUAAAUAAUUUGGCAAGCCAGAAGCAAUCUAAUGAUAGCUCUGUUAAUUUGGCGAGUAGCUUCAGCUAUGUUUUAUAUGAAUGAAAAUAGUAAAAACUAGCAGUCACACAUAUGUAUGAAUGAUGUACAGCAUCUGUCAUAGAAGACAAUGUGAGACCCCAUGCAAGUCACUUAUAGUCAGCUUACACACUUCAUGCAUGAUCUAGUUUUGGUCACUCGUUGUCUGUAAAGCUCUCCCUAUGGCACAUUUUCAUUAAGGAGUAAUAGUUUACGUGUUCCAAUACAGUGGGAGCCAAUGCCACUUGCAUAUCGGGCCGAUCCAACCUACAUAUGGAUGUGGUAGAGAUACAUCAAUCUCAAACAAUGUUUCGACCCCUCAUAUACCUCAGAUGCGACUAAGGUGUUGGUCCAUUCCACUGUCCUUUCUCGCCUUGACUACUGUAAUCCGCUUCUCAGUGGUCUUACGUGCUCCCAACUUGCGCCUUUACAGUACAUAAUGAAUGCGGCAGCGAGGCUCAUCUUCCUGUCCGCCCGCACCUCCCAUGCCUCACCCUUCUGUCAGUCCCUACAUUGGCUUCCUACAAAAUAUAGUGCUCAAUUUCAAAUUCUGGUUCUUGCUUUCAAAUCGCUACAUAAUGCAGCUCCCACCUAUCUAUCCUACCUUAUACACAAGUAUGUCCUGUCUAGGCCCUUACGAUCUGCUGAAGACUUACGUCUAUCUUCUGUCCGUACUCCCACCUCUGAUGCUCGCCUUCAAGAUUUCUCGAGGGCUGCACCGUUCCUGUGGAACUCGCUUCCCUCCUCCGUUAGAUGCUCACCCAGUCUCCACUCCUUCAAAAAAUCGUUAAAAACCCACUUCUUCAUAAAAGCGUAUCAAUUAAACUGUUAAUAGCUCCUGACUGAUUCCUCUUCUGCAACUGUCACUAGUCUAAUACUAUCCUUACCUUUUUGUGUCAUUUUACCCCACUCCCUCUAGCAUGUAAGCUCAUUGAGCAGGGCCCUCUGUUCCUGUGUGUCCAACUUGUCUGGUUACAACUACAUGUUUGUUCGUCCACCCAUUGUAAAGCGCUGCGGAAUUUGAUGGCGCUAUAUAAAUAACAUAAUAAUAAUAAUAUGCCAUAUCGGCAACAAUUGGUUCAUCCCCUUUCCCAAAGGGCAAGCUGCCUUUUAUCUGUUUACUGUGUUUGCAUCUUACUUUUUCUUUUCUUUUUUACCACCUAUAUUGCUGUGUCAGCAUAGAUACAGUUCGUAUCCGCUAUACAAGAAAUUGCUUAGUUCUUGUUUUUAUCUGGCUGUGGUAUUUGAUUAAUUGAGGCGGAAAUUUUAAUUUUUUAGAGAAUUAACUAUACUCUGCCGUACUUAUUAUAGGAAAAUUAAUUUCUCUGCUUGGACCCUUGUAGCUAAACAAAUAAGUUAUAGUUUUUAGCUAUAUGCUUUGAUAUUUGAGGUUAAAUCUUUUAAUCUACUGUAAGUAAUCCAAAUACUGUGGUCAUGCAAAAUACAGAGGAGUGGAAUUUGCUGAACAAAGAACGGGGCAUGGUGGUAUGUCCUAGAGGCCCAGCAGGCUUUACUGGCUGAAACAAACAGGAGCAUCAAAGGAAUGCAAUGUAAAUAUGUGUCAGCUACCUCUAGUCAAUGAAAAAGGACAUGAGGGCUAUGUUGGGCUUCGAACAUGUUUUAUGACUACCAUUGACUUGUCCCUUCUUCUACAAUAUGAAGUCUGAAAUACAUGCUAUGUUUCCUUCAAAUGCAAUUAUUUCACAAUUUAUAUAUUUGGAGAAAAAUAACCUUUCAAAUUCUUGUUUGCUAUGUCUGUGCUUAUCUGUAGAUGGUGGAUGGAUAGAUAAGCAGGAUGGAUGGGUGGAUAGAUGGAUAAGCAGAUGAAAGGAUGGAUGGAAAUAUAAAAAUGUUAUGAAACUUUUUCAUAUAUAGAAUUAAUUUUAAAUGUGGAAUGAUGACAAAUGGAAAAACAGGUCAAAGUUCUUAUUUCUAAUGGCAUGUAAUCUAUAAUACUUUGAUUUAGAUAUAAAAAUAAAAACAUUAAAAGUAUAGAGCUUAUUAAACAAAAUAUGAAUCAUAUUUGUCUUGAUUCUUUGAUGUUCUUGAACAAUUGCAUAUUUUUGUAAAUUAAAGAAAUGUUUCAAGAAGAAUGAAGUCAGAAAAGAAAGGAAUUGCCAUUUAUCUGUAAUGAUAAACACACUUUGCAAUUUACAUUACAUAUGUCAUACAUACUACCUUGUUCUUAAAAUUGAAAGCAGCUUUCUUAAAAUAUACUAUUAGCAUAACAAUAGUGAGGAAUCUUUUGGCCAGACCUCAGAGCCACAUUUAGUUCAGAAGGUCCCUUUUGUACCUUGCUGGUGCAGAAGAAAGAAUUAUGGAGCUUGGGAAGGCAUAGCAUUAAAAAUGCAUUAAAGAAGAGAACACAUUAAAAAUGAACUGGGAAGAGAGAGCUAACGAGAUUAAACAGCAAUGGCUGGCCCCAUAAAGUGUAAAUUGACACAUUUUGUUACACCAGUGUUGUACCACCUGACUUUGUCACGUGAAUUUGUUCUGAAGUGGUCACUACAAUACGCUGUAAGAAAUCCCCCUAUGUCAAUAACAUCAAAAGAGGACUUUCACCUCAUUCUCUGCUAUCCAUCAUCCAAUUUUAGUACCUUGUAAAUGUUAACACUUUGUUUGCUUUUAUUAUUUUGCGUUCAUUUUUUACAUACUUUUUGAGGUACCAUCUAUAAUGCAAUAAAACAUCCAGGAGGUCAAAACCAAAACCACUUUAUUAAGCUAAAGUUGUUUUGGUGCUUAGCGUAUCCUUUUAAUUAUGUUUCUCUUGUUGAGUUCUGUAGCAAGUUGUAGAAUUUUCUCAGCCCAUCUGGAAAUUGCUGGUCCCGCUGUAUUAUUUUAUUUAUACAUUAUUUAUGUAUUGAUUGACAUAGACAGAUUGCUCAGUUCUGAACAUUAACCCCUUAAGGACACAUGUCGGAAAUAUUCCGUCGUGAUUCCCUUUUAUUUCUGAAGUUGUGUCCUUAAGGGGUUAAUAAGUAUAUAAUGUAUUCUUUGAAAUUAGGUUGGCUGUGUAAGUUAAUAAUUUAAAAUGAGCCACAGGGUAUUUUAUGAAAAUGCAAAUGGACCACAGUGAAGCUGUAUAACAUCAUAUUAGCAAAAUGUAUUUACCCUAAUGUGAACUUUUUGUUAACACUUAUUGUAAAUAUCUCAAAAGCAAUUUAUAGGACUUGCUUGAAUGACCCUGAAUCCAAGUGGUGAAUAAAUAGCAAGUCGUGUCCAGCUACUGCUGAAUUUAGGCUAACAUAUCUAGUUAGAACAGUCUUCCAGCUAGGUUAGCAUAAAGAUUGUCAAAUAUUGUGUUGUCAUCUCGUUGUUCCUGUUAGCCAAACUUUUUCCAAAAAAUAAAAAUGGACACAAUUUUGCAUGUUCACCUCCCGUAGAUGCUCCAGUAAAAUAAUAUCCUUACAGAAAAUGUUUAACUCCAUUUAAGAGCCAUAAGAAAAAGCUAUUUGACAAAUAUUCUUUACUAUCAUCAUGUUCAAUGCUAAGGAUGAAAUAGAAUUUCUUGAAACUAUAAGUCAUUUUCUAUUUCUUCAAAAGCAAAUUGGUAGAAAUUCACUCAAUAAAUAUUUGCUUGCUUUUUUUGUAAUGAAAAAAAUCAAAGUGCAAAAAUUGAAAAUUGUGUGAAACAGAAAGAAGAGUUUUUGUGUAUCUUACUGUAAAAUGUGGAAUUAUUUAGAGAUGUGUAGCUUUCCUAUCAGAGCUUUGAAACUAGCCUGGCUGAUAUGGACACACAGCAGACAGACUGUCAGAAAGGGCUAUUAGGUGAUAUAUGAUUAUUGAAAUCGGCGAGUCUGUUAAAAGUAUGUUAAAUGGAAUGAGGUGGGGAUAAGUAGGUUAGAAACUGGCAAUUUAGAAAGGUUCCAGAUAGGAGAUGAUGAGUCUUCAGCAAUUAAGUAAUUACUUUACUUCACAUGAAUAACAGCAAUAAAAAGUUUCAUUGGACGUCUAUACAAAAAUAUGUUGCACUACACAUGCAUAUGGCUGCCUUUUUGGGACUCUUAAGUGACAAAAGUACAGUCUGCAUAAUAUAGUAGCCCAAUGAUAGCCAAGUCACAUUGCUCGGGAUCUAUUCUUAAAAGUCUAAAAAGUUUGACCAAAGAGGUUUGUUGACAAAACAUUAUUUCAGAUAAGAUCGAAAUGAUGUGCUUUAUUCUCAAAAAAGCUGACUUUAGCAAACAAAUGAAUGACUAUCAUUAUAUAUUAGUUCAGAGCUUAGGAAAUGAGGAAAACUCUUGAACGCUUGGUAUACUCUGUUUAUUUUGGCAUUUUAUAUAUUGUGUGUAUAUAUAUUUAGUCUUUUAAGUUGGAGUACUAUUCAGCAUUUGGCAGAUAAAGAAGGUUUAAACUGUUUGGGCUGACCCAUUUUGAAAUCCUAUUAUCUAUGUUUGUUUUUUUUAAAACACUCGAAAAAACAUACAUUGUAUUGGUGUUAUUUACAGAAACCUUAUGCAGUUCACUUCCUGGUGAAGGAGAAGUCAUAGGGUAACGUAUUGAGAACCAUUUGUUUGCCUGCUCUCCCUGAAGCUUGGCAGUUUACCUGCUUCAUUAUAGCCCAGACAUGUAGCACUCCAUAUACACAUUCAUAAUAAAUGUAUCAUGGCCAAGAUCCUAAUCUUGAAACUUGGCUGUGUUUUAUAACUGUCAUGAAUGAAGUGUGUUAAAUAACUGUUGAUUAAACAGCAUCAUUUCAUGCUUGGUUGACAGUGAAUGUUAAACAUCAACGCUUUCUUAAUCCAUUACAAAAUAUCAACUGAAUGUGCCAAAUUUGUUCACGUAAAGGUCAAAAACUUUUGAACAGAAAUAUUAUUUAUUUUAAAUGAGGUAUAUGUAAAAUAUGAGAGAACCUAUCCCUACUUUAAGGAUAUGACAAGAAGCUGUAUACAUGUACCUUGGGUCAGACAUUGUGUAUAGAUUGACAGCCCCUGUGGUCUUUUCCCUACACUCCUUGCACAGAAGCUAGGAAUAUCACAUAGACUGUCAGUUUUCAAAUCUUUCUGACCCAAGGUGCGUGUCUAUUGCAGGAGGAUACUGUAAUAUACUAAAGGAAGGAAUGAGAUUUUAAAUUUUAAAAUUUUUUUUUACAUAUAUUGUAUUUAACAAAGAAUGCAUUACUUUUCAAAAUUUCAGAAGAGUUACUAUAUUAAAAUAGCUUUGAGGUGACUUUGUCCUUUAAAUGGAGAAUUUAUAGUUCCAUGGUGCUGGUAUCCCACACACGGCAAGGAUAUUUAGAUAGGACGAUUAUCGAACUCCCAGGAUGGUUCUGGUCCCCUGAACAUAGUGCAAGUCCAUUUUAUGAUGCACUUUUUUUAUGAUUGUUGAGGACAUUUGCCAGGUGUCACUAAAAGCGAGACACCAGGAAACUUAGGUUGGACAGUGGGACAGGAUGUGAAUAUCGGAACGGUCCAGUCGAAAUCAGGACUGUUGGAAGACAUGACAUUACUACCUUCAACCAAACCAUACAAAUUGCAAAGGUUUUGUGGUUUAAAGAUGGAACCUUGCUAGUUGUUCCUGUACUUCCCAGGAGAUAGCUGAAAUUGAGAGACAUACAUAAAUAUUUUUCUUUGUAAAAAUUAUUUCCUAAUAAAUCUACAGACGAGUGUAUAUAUAUAUACUCAUAUCGAAUUGAAUUGAAUGGAAGGUAAGUACAGUACGUAGUUUGCUUAUUGCAGACAUGUCUCACAACAUACAAAAAAAAAAUCAAUCCUGCGCUCAAACUCCCAUCACUCCUGGGCCGCAGCAACGACAAUAGUACACAUCAGCCCCAAUACAUACAGUAAAAAACAAAGAAAAAAAGUUACCUGAGCUAUUCCCAAAUCCCUAUGCAUAUUUAAACAAAUGGAGGUUAUUUAGUUUCUCCAAUUCUCCAAUGGCCAUGAGAGAGUUUAACCCACCUGCCACGUCAAGGCAAACCUCUCAGGUGGGUUCUACACUAAGCUUUCACCUUGCUUCCUUGAGCUUCUGGCAAAGAUAUCUCUAAUGAGACGAAGAGGGGUAUUUUUUAUAUACACCCCUAUAUACUUAUUAACCCUUAAUAGGGAACACAUUGGAUGGGCGGCAGCACUGUAACAUAGCUGUGUGAUACAAAAAGUGGAUACAAAUACAAAAAACAAGUCCUGCGCUCAAACUCCCAUCACUCCUGGGCCGCAGCAACGACCACAGUACACAUCAGCCCCAAUACAUACAGUAAAAACCAGCGCUCUUCCCAAACCCCUAUGCAUAUUUAAACAAAUGUCUCACAUAGAAUAGAGGAAUUUAAUUUGCAACAAUAUAUUUUGAUGUUGUACGUUCCUCCGUUAUUUUUGCAUUGCCAGUAUUUUCCCAGAAUGCUACAAUAAAAUUAAUGAAAUCUGAUAUACAGCUUAGCAUCUUGUUAUGAAGCUAAUCCUUUUGGCAAAUUAAAUUGCAAUGACACCGGGAACACAAACAUUCAUGGCUAUAGGUAUUGCAAUUUAUGGUUUCAAUUUGUAUUGUCCGGAUUAUUAGGCUGUUUCAUGCCUUAUGCAAUGGGGUGAUAUACCAAACAUCCUUAUUGUUGAGCAACAAGGCAUAUUUGUAUGUACUUUUUUACUUAUUGACUACAGAAGGUCUUCAUCACUAAUACUUUAAAUAUAUAUACUAAACUACGGUAAAUAAGCAGUAUCACAUGACUGUACUUCUAUUGGUCAUUUUCCCCAGUUCCCUUUCUUCUUGAUCUGAAGAACAAACAAAAAGACUUAUUAGAGAGUAAUAUUUUUACGUUUUCGGUGGCAGAGGCGAGGUUAAAAAAAAUCUCAGUAGGCCUGUCCUUUCCUGUCUGCAAGAUCUAAUAUAGAUUAGUAUAACAGCAUAUUCUACUAAGCCAAAAUAUUACUUAAAGGGACACUACAGGAAUUCAGACUACUUCAUCUCAAUGAAGUGGUCUGGGUGCCUUGUCUCUCCUGUUUGACCCUGUAAGUGAAAACAUUGUCUUUCUGCAGAGUCGCUGUCAUUAAACAGCCCUAGAGGCGCUUCUGAUGAAAUAGCAGAGUAAGCAUGGCAUGAGGAAUGUUAUUAAAGGCUCUUGGAAUAAUUUGUAAUGGUAUAUAGAGAAAUGUUUCCAAAUAUGUUUAUUUAUCUAAAUUAAAUAAUUGUGAAAUGUAAAAGAAACUGCAUCGUGCCUCUCAAAGCCCAUUCUAGAUCCAUUGACACACAAUAUUGUUAUCUAGAUAGAAAAUGCAGUUCCAUUUCUAGAAUUAUAGAAUUGGUUUAAAAAAAAAAAAAAAAAGCUUUGUCUUUUUAAAUGGAAUUCUAUGUACAUUUCUGUAUUUUGCACUUAGGUAUAAAUAGACUGGUGUAAAUCGAUAUUCUUUGUGACAAACUAUUGACAACUUCUGUUAUUUAUAUUUAUAUAAGUGCAUGUUUUAUUUACAGGUUGGAAAUCUCCCAAAAGAUUACAAUAUGGCGCUGAGAUAUGUUCCAGUAAAUGAAAAUCUGGUAAGAAAUUGUGAAAGUCAUCAUAUUUAAUAAUAAAAAAUAAUCGUACAAUUUAGUCAGUAAAAACUAGGAAUGAAAAUGUUUCUACUUCCUUAUCCUAUGUCCAUUAACACGUAAAAGGCAAUGCAGGGGAUUCUCACUGAAGAAACAAUAGGAAGACUUGGGUGUGGAAAUGGUAAGGAACGGAAAGAACUAGCAGGGAUAAUGCAUUCACAAGAUGGGAGAGGGAAGAGGGAAGGGUGGGAAAAAAGUCUUGAAAGGAUGCAAAAUAUAGGCAGGUGUGGUGAGUAAAUGAGUCUUUGAUAUAUUGUUGAGCUGUUUAGUGGAAUUCUAUGGAUUUUUUUCAGAUUUUGUCUGAUGUUAAUUUAGUUUUAUUUGUCAUUUGUCUUAGAUUAUUUCAUUUAAAUUCCAUUUACAUACUAAAUUUAAAUGGAAUAAUUUAAGACUAAUGAAAAAUGUUGUUAUUAAAUGUCAUAUACAAUCUAAAAAAAUGUGUACACAUUAUGUUUUUUAAGCUGUUAGAUUAUUGAAAGGACAAUUUUGGAUAAAUUAUAAUAAGAAGACAAAAUAAACAUGUAAUCAACUGUACACCUUAAUAGCAUUUUAUGGCUGUUUUAUGGUGUUUGGCAUUAAGAUCAUAAAUAAAAAUUACUAUUAGUGUUUCUCUGUGUUUAAAAUUAUUGCAUUAUAUAGUUAUUUACCUGGAUUCCAGUUUGAAGAUUGUACUUUGUGCUUUGACUUCCCAAACAGUCACAUUUUACACUUACAUUGCUCACCUACUUUUUUUAAGGUUAACAUUUUUUAUUUUUUAACGUCUAUUUUAGAGCAAUACACUUUCUACUAUUUAGCUAUCUUUUUUCAUAUAGUGUGCAUAUUUAUAUAUAUCAAAUCUUUUAUUUACAUUCACGUAUAGUGCUUACUGGGUUGAAACGGAAGAGAACUGGCUAGAUGGAACACGUGACAAUGGCUCAUUAAAUUUUUUUUUGUUUUAGAAUAUUGCUAAUAUAGUUCACAUCAGCACGCUGGCCAAGUUAUUAAAAGAUCAAUUCUAUUGUGAUGUUUGGGUGCUUGCCAAAUGAUUUAAGGAUUAUCAUUUCAUACAAGACAUUUUAGGUGACACGUAGCCUAUUUCACCAUACAGGGCAAUGCUGUACGAUCCUUACCUGAUGGUAAACAUAUAUUUGGCAAGAUAUGAUGUUGGAGAUUUAGAAAGAGUCUAAUUUAUAAAGAAUUUAAUGUGUGGUAAGAUUGGUAUUACCAUAACACACCCAGAAAACUGUUUUAUUUAAAUAUAUACCUAAAUGGAACCAAAGCCAAUUCACGGCAACAAAUACAUUCUAACUUGGGUCACUCAAGAGUCUAAAGAUUCAGUAUUCUGGACUUUCACCUGGAAAAUUGAACCCAGAUAUGAAUUUGGUUCAAAUGUAAUUUAAUUCACCAGAGUAGCGUAUAGUUUUCCUAAUUCGUGUGCAACCUAUUGUCACGGUAAUUUGGAGCCUAAUCUUGUUUUAGAAGAAAAUAGGUACAAAUUAACAUUAUGUUAGAUACUUUAAAAAUGAAUCCCCAAAUAAUGUCAUGCAUUUAGUUGUUUGGUCAGUUCAUUUAACUUAUAAGGAAAGUCUUUGUUCGACUCACCAGGUCAUCCAGUUAAAGUGAGUUUAUCCUAAUUGCCAAUUGUCUGUCAAGCUAAGUCAGUUCUCUUAUGUAUUUUUUUUUUUUUGGAACUCAUUUAAACAGUGCACCUGUAUAAGUCACUUUUUUGGAAUUUUUUAAGCUUGCGGGUGAACAUAGAUAGGAAUGCCUUUGGAUUCCUUCUAAAUUGGCUUAUUAAAAAAGUUGAUUAACUGGUAUGCCAGGCUGAAUAGCUUAAGUAAAUUUGGUUAUGAUUCAUUACAAAAAGUGUCUUUUUUGAGGUGAAAUAAGAGAUUUUGGGAGAGAUAAAAAUGCUCAACUGUUUCAGGACUCGUUACUAAUAGAAUGGCAACAUAAUUAACUCUCAUGCUGAAGGCGUUAAAUGAACAUUUAAAGGGAACAUGUAGUCCUGAAGAAAACAAUCCUUUUGGAUUCUAUAGAUUCCCUUCUAUGAUUGAGACCACUUUUCCGGAAAAAAAAGUUAGAUAUAACUCACCUCAUUUCGAGCGCAGAGAUUCCUGCGCUGCAGACACCUACUCCACCUCAUGGCAUGCUGACUUCUUUGGGGAUCUUGACCAAUCCGAUGCUUCUUAUAGAGCGGUUUUGGAUUGCAUAUAUUCAUAGAUGGCCAAACGCUGUGAAUGCAUUAAUCCAAUCAAAUGCUGCUUAAAGCAGCAUUUAAUUGCAGGACCAAGUUGAUUUGGUUCUGUAAGAGAUAGCACCUCUAGUGGCUUAUCAGUGUAAAUAUUGCAGUUUCUACACAACUACAAUGUUUUACAUUGCAGGGUUAGAACUCCAGGGCCACUGCACCCAGAACAUUUCAUUGGUAUAAAGUAGUAUGGGUAACUUUUGUGGUCCUAUUACUGUAAAACUAACUUUGUGUGAGUACCCCAGGCACCAUAACCACUAUAGUGGCUGUAGUGAUUAUGGAGCUUGGUAGUGUUCCUUUAAGCACAAAUAAAAAUGUGUUAACUGAACCAAAUUUGUGAACAAUGUUUGCACCACUGCAAAAUAUGCAGACGCUAUAAAUAAACUUAGAAUAAUAAGAAAUAUUCAACUUCCUAAAGUCAAGGCAUUGCUUUUCAAUCCCAUUGUAGUGAAGGUGUGGCAUGGGGAAAUACAGUUUGCCAGAAAAUCAAUUGUAUUGUCAGUGGAAGUAAAAAGGAAAAAAAAAAAUUUUUUUUUCUUCAGUACAUUUUAUUGAAAAAGUAUUUUGAACAAAAGAUUGGAUAAUAAAAUUACAAAAAAAUAAUAGCAAGAAAAUUGUAUUAUGAAAAUUACGAAUUGUAUAUUUAUUUACACUUUCUCUUACAAUCCAGUAUAUGAAGUUUAUUUUAUUCGGCAAACUAUAAAAAUAAUCCUUAAACCAUUAGGGGGUUAAACUCUUAACUCCAUAUCUGAUUGAUUUAUAAUCUGAAUGGCAAAACCGAGGCUGAAAAAUAGCCAAACCGUAAUUGUUACAUUUAUCCAAAAUAGCUAUUUUUCCUUAAUUUCGUCAUUCAGAUUUCAGUGCACUAAAUUUGGCAGUUUAGCCAGUAAACCCCAGCAGUCUUACUGCAUGGUUAUUAAACAAUGUAUAUGUAGAAUAAAAACAAAUGUUACUUUUUCAUGCAUUCUGUAGAUAUUGAUUUUUUUUUCAAUAAAAAAAACAUAACUUUCAAUACUUUCUAUUUUUUUUUCUUGUAAAAUGAAUGGAUUUAACAGGAAUCAUUGGAAUUAAAAUACAUUCAUUAACCACUUCACUACCAGCAAUGUGUAUGCAUGUUUAUGCUGUAUUCUAUUUACAUUGUUUAUACUGUGUUUGUGAAGUGCAUGCACAUUGCACAUGAAGCAAAUUUGUAAUGGACUAAACGGGACGUGCUGCAACUCAUGUAGACGGGUGCUGUGGGCAAACUACACCUGAAAACAAAGUGUGGAACAAACAGUGUAAUUUGAAGGAAUUUGAAAAAACAUUUGUACCAGGAGCAAAUGUCACAUAAUUAACACAGGGUUUAACUUGCUUUUUGUCAAAACCACUUCUUCUAAUUGCUCGGCAUUCAUUUUUUACAUUCAUUUAGUGUGACAGUAUGCUGAAGGCACCUUAAAAAUAUGCACACAGCAAAACAGUGAUAAACUGUAACUGCUUACUUAGUAAUGGAAUUUAAAAGAAUAUUGGACAUUCCAAUUCAAGAAAUAUUGAAUUGUUCUUCCCUGUGAAAGGUAUACUAACGUUUUAAGCUUUAAUAUUACCAUUUUGAAAGUAAACAGCUAGUCAAUAAACUGCAAGACAGCAUGUUUCACUCCCAUAUCUUACACCAUGCACAAUUUUUGUGGAGGGAGUGAAAAAAUAAAAAGGUGCAUCCAGACCUUCAAUUAAUCAGUGAGGCAGACAAUAUUCAGAUCCCACAGAGCCCUAGGAAGGUUACCAUUUUGGCGCCUCAUCUUUCACAUAUGGAUGGGGAAUAAGGCCAAGCAAAUUCAUGGUUCCAGAGCCCCUGUCCUACACUGGGCCAUAUGUGUCUGUCUAUGGUUAAUCCUGCUCUGCAGGGAGGGGCAGCAAAGAUCCUUCUUAUUCACACACACACCAUGUACAGUGUGGUGUGGUGUAGUUUACCAUAAAUUAGCUCAUUCCCACAUCUUGUGCAAUUGGAUAUUAAUAACGUGUGUGUGUGGUCCCCAAACACCACGUUUAAACAACUGGCAGCCAUGAGCUUCUUUGCUCACACCCAGUGAGCAUCAUAGUGACAGUUAUGUUUUAUAGAGCACCUGCGCACCAUUUUCCCCGCAAUUACCCCCUCUUCUGUGAGAUGAGAUGCGGGCAUGUUGCUUAGUAUGCCGGGGGUGGGAGCACCUAUUAACCCUUAAUUUAUCUCUAGCUUUUGUCGCUUAGCAGUCAGUGUCAAGAUGUUCUCCAGCCAUUUUGUCACAAACCAUGCCCAUAACACCCCAAUAUAGAGUGCCAGGAUAAUGACCAAUUUCUAUUUGGAAUAAAGAAUCCACUGCUUCUCAUAGAGAUGCUUUGCACGUACACCAAGUACUCUUUGUUGGCAUGGUGACACUGGACAUAUAGAUCCACUUAUUAAAUCUCUUAUAGUACGCAGCCCCUAGUGACUGUCUGAAUGACAGCAGUUAGUAGACACGUGAAUUGCAAUACGUAAACAGUGCUGUUUCUCAGUGGAAAUACUACAUAGGCUGCAUCUAUACCCACAAAACCACUUCAUUAAGAUGAAGUGAUUUUUGUGCAAAAAUAUUACAAUAUGAUUUGAACUGUGUUUAUUCAAGGAUAAUCCAAUUCAUUUGUGCAUCUGUGUAAUGUCUGCGGUCAUGUUUUGUUUAUUACAUAUGAAAUGUGCCAUCCAGAUGCCUAGGUAGGUUCCACAAUGUAGAUACUGCCAGAUAUUAGAGGAUCUGUCUUUUAGCUGUGGUAAUAUUGACUUACUGUAGGGAACCGUGCAAACAAUAUUAUCUAAGUGACAUUCACACUUUAGGCGCCAUGUCCAUUUCAUCUCCUUGAAGUUGUUCUGGUGACUUGAGUACCCUGGCAUCAUCAAGAGAUGAAGUGGUCUGGGUGUCGGAUUUUAGAAAGUUGUGUUUCUUUAUUUAUUUCCCCAUUCUAUUAGUAAUGCUAAAUAUUAGUUGCUUUCUUUGGUUUUUCUUUUUAAGACAUUUGGCAGAUGUCAGAGAACAAAGGCCUGAGAUUUUUUUUUUUACCCCUUAUGACUCUCCAAAGAUUUCUUUUCACUAGUUUUACUAUACACAGUAUUUUUAGUCAUGCAAAAUAUCCACUUUCCGGUCAAAAAUUCAAUAAUGUUCUAUGGGAAAACAAUGAACAUCUGUGUAAAAUUAAAAAAAAAGCCAGAUGGCAAUUGUGUCGAGAUGUAAUUUGUUUUUUGUUACAUAAAGCAUUAAGUCAUUUUGGUGUAUAAAAUAGUUCCUUAUUAUCUGCCUCUUGUGAAUGUUUUGUGUUAAAUCAGUCAGUCAUUUAUAGGUCACAUGACAGUGUGUGUUUCUGAAAAAACUGCUAAGCAUAAUGGGUAAUUCUGUUUCUGUAUUUUUUUUUUUUUUAAAUAUAUGUUUGUUUCAUUUCAGCCCAAACACUGCUGGUUAUACGUGAUGCUAUAUGAAGUGACUAUCCGUCUGGAUGAUCUUUCCGACAAAUUUUCCACUACGUCACAAAAUUAUUUAAUCUUAAAUAAUCUUGCCCUGAUAAUGCAAGGCAUUCGGGAUUGUGUUCAACUUAGUGAACAAAUGGUAAUGUAUUUUAUAACUGGAAUUCUAUAAUUAAGUAUGUGGGAAACUGUUUGAGACUUUAGACUUGAUUGCAAUUACAGAUGAAGACAGUUGUGUUUCUUGCAACCGUAGCAGUCAGCAGAAUGUUUUCAGUAGAAUAUCACAGCAUUUUCAUAGGAAGGUGAAAUUUUCAUCCACCAUUUUGUAGGUGACAGGUUCAUAUUCAAAACAUAAAAGUGCAAUUUAUACAUUGACCAUCAUUAUUAAAUGCCAUUACAUUUGAUGUUGAUUUUUUUAUGGCAAUAUUUAUUUGCAUGCAUCUUGCUUUAUUGUUCUAUACGCUGCUUGAGAUAUAUUCCUUCACAGCUUAAUUUUGCAAGUUGUUUUAUAAUUGGCAUGGAAAACCGGAGAUAGGAUGGAACUGAAUCAGUGAAUUAUUUAGUUUUUUGAUGAAUGUGAUCUUUGGCAGGGGAUCUAUUCUCAAUGGUCCAUGCUUUUAAUGGAGAGUUUGUUGAACAACGUGUUUGCUUAGUGUGUGUGUAUGUAUGUAUGUAUGUAUGUGAAGAAAUAGAAUUUUGACACCCAAAUAUAAAACACAUUCAUGACCUCUAAAACAGAUUUGAUUGACUCAGUUCCAUAUAAACCACAAAACAUACACAAUGUGACAAAACACAAAAUAAACUACACCCUUAUAGUGCCUACAAAGAAAAUAUACUUAUGAACAGAAAUGUUUGAGGAUAUCAAGUGUAGAGCCUGAAACAAUAAAAAGUACAACUCAUAGUGUAUACUGUAAAAGCAUCCAGAGAUAAGGAUAAUUAUUGGUUGCACUCACGCAUUGCAGAGCCGUGCAAGGCUCUGUAUAAUACACCCAAGGGUGCCUAGAAAGGCAAAAGAAAACCACUUGUAGAAUGGUCUAAUCUAAAGCAUGAAAUGUUCUUCAUCUGAGAUGACUAUUUUAUAUAGCCUUUAAAGAUGUUUGUGCUUAUGGAUGUAUGUUGAUUUACCCUUUGUGUGUAAUGUAAUGGAUAUAGUUUUAGUAAUUCCACAGUACUCAGUACUUUUUUUCAUUGGGUGUAUAUUGAAAAACAGCUUCAAAAUCUGCAGAUCUCUUGUCUGAAGCUUUUGCUAGCCAUUCCCUUCUUAUUCCCGAGUCCAGACUUUCUGUGGCUGUCUAAUCACAGACUUUCCAGAGCAGUUCAAUGAGAAAUCUAUGCACAUCAGAUGCUCUGAACAAGUGCAGCCUUUUGAGUCUAGCGCCAUUGAGCUAACCAAACCAGGAAGUAACAGGACCUGUUGUGUGAUUGACAGCCAUGGGGUGUAACAAGGUUAAUUUAUAAUAAUGUCUAUUUCUAUUAAAAAUUUUUUGUAAUAUUAAAAAAUGAGGACGCACUCUUCAUGCAUAAAGGACUUCGCAAGCUAAAGCACAUUAGGUGUCUUGAGUGUCACAUUAAGAUAGCAGUUAAGUUAGUUUUUAAUUUCUUUCAUAGUAUUGGAGGGAGUUAAAAAGACAAAGUAUGUAGAGACAUCAUUGUAGUGAAAAGUCAUAUAGACUCCACACAACACUAAGCAUGACCACGCAGACUGCAAUACCUAUGAUGAUAAACAAGACUUAAGAAAUGAAAUCACGUACUUCGUUUAGUGUUGAGAAAAGAAAGAAAGGGAAACAUUGUAGCAACCUGUGCUAAAGACAAAUCUUAACAAAGGCUAGAUUCAAUGUCAUUAUUUCCAGCGCAGAUUUAUUCAAUUAAUUAUGAAAAUGGUAACAUCAGUAACCAAUGACCUAGAGGUAAGAAGUAGUCAUAGGAAUAAACCUAAUAUUUAGGGUAAACUUCACAAGUGUCUUGGAAUGUAAAACUUGGCAAAAAAUAGUCUUUUCUUUACAGCAAGCUAUAGGCCCCCCACCGAGUACUAAACGCUGCUGCAGGCCAAGACUUAAUUGUUGGAAUAAGCAGAGCAUUCUUUGUUGCGUGAGGAGUUAAGUGAAGAAACUUAACGCAGUAGCAACAACUUGGCCUCUUUUGACCCUUGCUGUGUUACGUGCAGCAAAUCCUGUAAUGCCAUCAAUUUUUUUUCACACAUUUUUGAGUAUUGGGAAAUAUAUUUUAAAUUAUUUUAAACAUUAUAAAGUUAUUUAUACUAUUACUAUUCUGUUUUACAUUAUACAGUCAUGUCAUGAUCAGUUGAUGCAGCAUAGGUCUUAGGUUAGUUGGUCACUUUUUUCUCAUACAAAGCCUAUUAUCCAUAGCCAGCGAGUUAUAAAUUAAGAGCUCAAGCUAUACCACAGAUAAAAAGCAAAACUCUAUCUAAAUUAUGCAUUGUUGCAAGAUAAAAUUAUUAGCUUGAGCAGGGGAUUCAAAAAUGGUUUAAGCCUAAAUGGAAGGACAGUGCCAGAGUACAAAAACUCUAUAACCAUUAACAUAGUUACAUAGUUACAUAGCUGAAAAUAGACUUGUGUCCAUCAAGUUCAGCCUUCCUCACAUAUCUUUUUGCUGUUGAUCCAAAAGAAGCGCUGAUCUGAAGCAGUUCCAAUUUUGCAACAAACUAGGAAAAAAUUCCUUCUUGACCCCAAAAUAGCAGUCAGAAGUCUCAUUGGAUUAAGCAGCUAUUACCCAUCUGUAUGAACUCUGACAAAACCACCUCUUCAGGCAGAGAAUUCCACAUCCUUAUAGUUCUUACUGUAAAAAAAAACUUUUCUUUGCCUUAGAUUAAAGGACCACUAUAGGCACCCAGACCACUUCAGCUCAAUGAAGUGGGCUGGGUGCCAGGUCCAUCUAGGGUUAACCCUGCAGCUGUAAACAUAGCAGUUUCAUAGAAACUGCUAUGUUUACAGUAGGGUUAAUCCAGCCUCUAGUGGCUGUCUCAUUGACAGCCGCUAGAGGUGUUUCUGCGCUUCUCACUGUGAUUUUUCACAGUUAGAAGACACCAAUGUCCAUAGGAAAGCAUUGAGAAAUGCUUUCCUAUGGACUGAUUGAAUGCGCGCGCGACUCUUGCCGUGCAUGCGCAUUCGGCGGAUGAGCCCAGUGCUGGAGAAAGGUAAGAAUUUAAUCCCUUCCUCCCCCUUCAGCCCGGUGGGUGUGGGACCCUGAGGGUGGGGGGACCUAAAGAACCUGUAGAGCCAGGAAAACUAGUUUGUUUUCCUGGCACUAUAUUGAUCCUUUAAAUCUCCUUUUUAAUGAGAUGAGGUGGUUAUACUGCCUGGAGUAUCACUUUAAUUGUGCCAAGAUUACGCCAAUUACAUUCCUGGGAAUUUCUGGGUCAAUACCUAGACAAAGUCUUUUGCUUCCCUUCCAAACAUUAAAUAGUUCAUGGCAAAAGAUGAUGGUCGACACACACUAACAUAUUCCUGAAGAUAUACAGAAAAGGUAGGGGAGUGCGUGACUCUAAAUUCCAUAUCCAUAGCUACGCCUGGUUAAGACAGAUUUAGUCUAGAAUUGUCAGACCAAGAGCCUCUGAGCCAAACCUGGCAAUCUUUCAAAACAAACCAACAACAAAUUUCUAGAUUCUAAUCUCUUUCGAGCACGGUCCUCAUCAACCUAUUGUUCCUGUAACAUUUUGUAAUUGUCUAAUUUAUUGUUAAUUUCCCCCUUUAUAGUAUUGUAAAGGACUCAGGAAUAUGUUGGCGCUAUAUAAAUGAUAACAAUAAUAAUAACAUAAGCAAGUGGGAGGAGUUCCAGAAAAGUAGUCAAUGCUAUAUGUGGAACUGCAGUAAUUUGGAUAGAUUAAUGAAUGGGAAAACAGGUGUCAAAACAUACUAUAUAUUGUGUUUUUUUUCCAUUGUAAAACAAAAAUAGAAAGACAUAAUUUAUUGUUACCGCUAGCAUUGCCAUUUUUUUUUAUAGUUGAUAAUUUUACAUAGAAUUCUUUACUUGAAUAAAGUAAUAUUGGCCAAGUGUGACUUGACAAAUGAUUAUAAUGUUCAGUGCUCACCUUAUCUUUUACUUUUAUCUUUUACUUAUUCUUGGCUAUUUUGUGUUCCAUUUCACAGGAAUUUGUAGAAGAAUAUUCUCGACAGGAAGAAAAUUUCUAUCCAGAGAAUUUCUUCCGUUUUGUCACCAAAACAAUUGAAGUAUUCACAGAAAUCAACAACACAGAUUAUGACAGGACAUGUGUACUGCCUACUUUGAGUAAGUUCAACAAUGAGAAAAUAUAGUACAGUGUUUCUCAACAUGGAGUCCAUUAACCCCCAAAAAUUUCUUUGUCUUUUUAAUUUUGUCCUCUAGAUUGGAAACUCAUUUGGACAAGUAUUCUCAUCUUUUGUUUAUGUCUACCUUACCUUGUUUGCUGGUGCACCAUAAAUAAAAGUAUUAAUUAUCACAAUUGUAGAGAUGUCGCGAACUGUCCGCCGAACUGUUUGCGAACUGUCCGCCGGCGAACAAUAGCGUGUUCGUAUUGGGCGAACAUAUCCGAUUUCCGGUCCGCCCCCUAUACGUCAUCAUUGAGUAAACUUUGACCCGGAACCUCACAGUCAGCAGACACUUCCUGGGAGGGCGGGUCUGCUGCUGAUUGGGUGGAAUGUGUCUGCUGGCUGUGAGGUUCCGAACACGCUAUUGUUCGCCGGCGGACAGUUCGCGAACAGUUCAGCGGACAGUUCGCGACAUCUCUACACAAUUGUUACCCCAAGUGGAGCAAACUCUCUUUUUGGCCCAAUGAGGGCUGAGUUAAGAUGCAAUAAAAUUAUGAGUUGUCAUUGAACAACAAUACUGUGUUACAUAGAUGAAAUAUUUACAAAUGUUUUUCUAUUGCAUUUAGAUUAUUCAAGUCAUAGAACAAAUCCAGAACUGGCUUAUGUCCCAAGCACUCUGAAAAAUAGCAGCAGAAUUAGUAAGUCAAUUUCAUUACACUCUUAAUACACGGUUGCAUUUAAAAAGUUUCUAGGGAUUUUACAAGAACCCUGACUUUAUAUAAAACUAUAUUUCAUCAAAGAACCUUUUAGCUGAAUCUUUUUGAAGAUAUUCAGAUUACAAUUUUUUUUUUGGCACUUCACAUUAGCAGGUCUGAAUUUCUGCUCAGGCUUGUUUACAUUUCGUGGAAAGAACAAUGUGAUGCUAUGCUUGAUAAAGACCUCACUGAAGGUCGAAACGUUGCUGUUUAUGUUCCGACUCCAGAUAAACCUUCUAUUUUCGUACUUUAGGUGCCUGGCUCACAUUGUUCUUUAUAUUUAUGUAUGGGGUUUGCAAGCCUCAGGUCCAGUUUUGCACCUCGUCUUGUAUAGAGAGUUGAGGUUGGUUUCCAUCCUUCUUGGUAACGUGUGCAUUGAAAUAUUUUUGUUUGGUCCUGAAGGUGCAUAAACAGUUGUAUCUAGUUACAAUGUUAUCAGAUUUUGCAAUGGAGUAUAGUUUAUUUUAUAUUAAUGAUUUUCAUCUUUCAUAUGCAAGGCAUGUCAAUAGAAUAUAUUCUGGGCAAUGUUGCCAUAUCUCUCUUAGCAUCUAGAACCUUGAUGUCUAGCUUCCAAACACGCAAUUUUAAUUAAAGAGAAACUAUGUCAAGAAAAUGCAUAUUUUUUUAAAUGCAUAGUAUCAUUGCAAAAAAAUAAAAUAUUUAGGGCUGCAUUAGUUACAUAUUGUUAUGUCACUGUAAGCAGGAGAUUAAAACGACAUGACUCCUCAUUGUUUCUUAUACACAUUUUUAAUUAGCAACUCAUUUUUUCCACUGAUUUUAAAUUAUGAUUAAAAUUUGUAUGUUUCAAAUGUUAAUGAACAAACAUUCUGCAGCCCUUUAUACACUACACACGUCAUGCUACUGAAAGAAAAAUGAAUUUGAAUUCAUAAUGUUAUUCUUACUUAAUCUGAAAAUUCCAAGGCUUUGUUUUGCACAUUGUUUAACAUAAUACCUGCAGCCGUAUGAAAAGAAUCUAAGUGUCCCUCCAAAACAUUUGAAUUUAAUGAUAUUUAUACUAAGAAUAUUAAUGUUAAACAGUUCAAUAUGCUGUGUUCUACAUCUCUCCCACUUCCUUCAAAUAUUUACAUUCUUUAACAUAUUCCUAUAGUACACAUAUACCAUUGCUACUGAAAAUAGAGACACAUUAAUACCUCAAAACAUGCUGCCGUUCUUUUUAAUGUACUUUUCAAAAUAUUUAUUCAAUCAUGCAAACUGUAAGGUGGGGGAUGUGGUGUCAGAAUUUUUUAAUAGUUUGCAUCAAUGUGUGAUGCUUUAAAUCAUAGGAGCUCCUGCAUUGUUCUCUAGUUUUACACCUAAAUAAAAUAUGUUUGACCUUUUCUUAUAAUACAGAACUGUACUAAUUUUGGGGAUGACAUCCAAUAAAUAGAGUUUUUUGAUGACUUAACAACCUGCGUGCUUAACCUAGGUUAAAACAGCCAAAUUGGGGGGGAAAAUAUCUCUAAUUUAGCUAGUCUUGAUUACAAUUUUUCUUUUUGACUUGUCUGUUUUGGUUAAAAUAUUGCAAGUUGGUUCCUCCAAAUUCAAUGCAAUGUGUGUCUUAGCUGUGCUUCUACUGAACUACAGUGCAACAUUUUAAGUAUUUAAAUAUAUUAAGUACUUGUGUGGUGCUAAAAAACUUGCUAAAUAUACACAAAACUGUAAAAUAGUCACGCAAAACUGUAAGAUAGUAACUACAUUUAGUCACGUCUAAAUUAGAGGAAUUUUUUUUUCAUGUUUCACUUUUUUGACCUAUUUUAUCCAUGAUUCACUCUUUAGGGAAUAGACUACUCAUAAAUAGUGCAAAUACUGCUGUAUUUGUGUCCAAUUAGAUUUUGAUUAAUUUGUGUGAGCAAUUGCAUUAAACAAUUUUAAACAUUGCUAAUUCGGUGAUCUGCACAAUUUUUAGUCAAAGUUCAUUAUCUGUAUAAUUUACUGAAUAUAUCCAGAAAUGUGUAUUUCAUCUUCUUGAUAUGUUUAUUUUAUUUUUGCCAAACAAGAAAUAGUUUGAAUUGAAAAACUGUGAGAAUGUUCAUAAAAAAAGAGUGAGAAAUUAUUCUGGCUGAUCACUGUAGAAACGAUAGCAAGAAAAUAAAGUGAUUAAUUAAUGAUAUAACUCAGAAUUAUUUGGCAGUAUUUAUACCAUUCAUAAAUAAAUAUGACAACUACUCUUGGUUGGUAUUUUUUUUAACAUGAUGUUUCCACUCCGAACUUGCAAGCUCAUUAGCAGCAGAAAAUUGCAAACUGUAAUGUUUGCAACUGCCAAAGGUUAUCUUUCAUAUGGCCCAGACAUAUCUAUUAGUUUGUAUUGCUUUUUCAGCAGAGAUUUCUUAGCAUUGUCUAGUCUAACUGUGCACUUGUGGUCUAUGAGUUCGAAAUGAGUUUGCAAAAUUUAAAGGGAAACUCCAGUGCCAGGAAAACAAUCCAUUUUCCUGGCACUGCAGGUCCCCUCUCCCUCCCACCCCCCACCGGCCGGGGAGACCUAGUGUGCAUGUGUGGCAAUUAUUAGCGCUCCCCAUAGGAAAGCAUUGAAAAUGCAUUUCAAUACUUUCCUUUGGGGAAAUGAGCGACACUGGGGGUCCUCACAUAGCGUGAGGACGUCCAGAGACGCUCUGUGGACAAGGAAGUGCCCUCUAGUGGCUGUCUACUAGACAGACACAAGAGGUGGAGUUAACCCUGCAAUGUAAUUAUUGCAGUUUAUAAAAAACUGCAAUAAUUACAGUUGCAGGGUUAAGAGUAGUGGGAGUUGGCAUCCAGACCACUCCAAUGGGCAGAAGUGGUCUGGGUCUGGGUGCCUGGAGUGUCCCUUCAAAAUCUAGAAAAAUAUCUUCUUAAUUCAGUUAAGUAAAUUUUUCCACCUCGGUCGAUUUGAAUUAAGUUUUUAUAGUUUAUUGUCAAUUUAUGUGUAAUCACAGUUUAAUAAAAACCUUAUUUUGGUGUAUUAGUCAUAAUGUAUUUGUCAUAAUUAUGUGGCCUCUCUCCUAAGUACAUGUCUUCAGUAAGAUGGUUUACCAAAAAGCAGCCAUCAACAUUAGGUGUUCUAUUAAAGAAAAAGAAUAGUCAAAUUGACAUCAGUGGGCUAAUUAAGAAUAUGAAUGGGGACAUUUUUAUUAAUUGUAACAGCAAACACUAUAACAGUCGCCAUAAGAAGAGUAAAUCUUGUAUAGACAUUGGUCUCUACAUUAUUUUAUUCCGAGUCACAACACCAUGAGAAUUGGGGAAUGGAAAAUUAUGAACUGGGGUUCUAAGAAUCUCAAGAAUAAAAAUAUGCAGAUGAGAUGCCCUUGCUGGUUUACUUCCUCUACUUCUCCAUCCCAGGGAGAUGCACAUUCCAUAAGACAUCUACAACGCCCACACUCCAGAAGGCACAUGCAAGAAUUCGGAGUUCACCUGACAUAAAUACCCCUAAAGUACCUUCAGGACAUAUAGAAAUAUAUUUCAGAUUAAUGAACAGCUUUAUGUAAAAUCACUUUUGUUCUUCUAUUUACAUGUUUCAUUUUAUUGUAUAUUUUUCAGGUUCGCCAAACACAAAUGAGUCUCUCAGUAAAAUCACAUUACAUUGGACGAGUAUAGCAUCGACAGCUAUGGGCUGUUUAUUCAUCGGCUUUUUAUUUGGAGUUUUAUGCUGGUGGAAGGUGAGUUAGCUUGGCAGCUAGAAUUGUCUGAAUUUCAACUGAGAGAGAAUUAUAUAUGUCACAUUUUUCUCGGUUAUCCUAUAUGUGAAUAUUGUGAUUUGUCUCUUGAUUUGUAUAGAAUAUAAGGCAUCACUACCUGUUUGCAAAAGCUACGUGUGCUAGUGAAGAUUGGGAUUUAGAGAGUUGUAGUGUGUUAAACAUCCUCUAGUUGUGAAAUAUCUUUCUAGAGGUUACAGUAUGUGCAAAGAAUAAGAAAGACAAUUUUUCUUCAAUAUAUCACAGUUGCUCUUGAAAUUCACCUCUAAAAAAGGAAAAACAAAACAAGAUCAAUUCUGUUUAUAACCCCACAGCUGAUGAGACAACACAAGGCUAAAACUGUACAUAAAGCACUAGAAGAAUUCUAAAAUGUAGCUACUGACAUACUGUUAAUAUUAAACUUGUGUAAGCAAAUGUUCUUUCAAUUGAAAAGUAGGUAACUCUUUAAACUUAACAGAUUAAAAUGUUAGGAUUACUUAUAGGAACAUAGGCUUACUGUAUUUAUUUGUUAUGCAGGUCAAGCACAGAGCAAUGCCAAAAGAAUCUGUGGGAACGUCAGCCUUUUGUGAAAGUAGAGAUUCUAAUGAAUCAAACAAGUAAGUGUUUAAAUGAAUAUAGCAGUUAUUAUUAAUUAUAAUAAAUGAGGCUAUCUUAAUUGAUUUUGUGAUCACUUUAUUAUUCUUUUAUUGAUUCUUUUCGUUUUUACCUUUUUUUAAAUGUUGCCUUCUGUCUUAGCCUCUUGUCCCCUCUCUCCUGUCUUUCCUCAAAUUUUUCCAUACUACCUCUUACUUUUUUAACGCGUCGACUCCUGCUUCUUCAUUUAUCUUUGUCCUCUUGUCUGUGUUCCAUCUUCCACCUUGUUUUUGGCAUUUGUUAAUCCAAUACCGCUUGUUCUACUGCCUUAUUCUUCUGGAAAUAUAUAUUGUUGCGAAAUACGAUAAAACAAAUUGGCCAAAAUGGUUUAUUGUAUAAACCUGUAGCUGUUGUGCAACUACAUUGCCAUUGAUUGGCAAAGCAUCAUGGGAGCUUGAAUGCCUCAACAGUCUGAGCUGUUUUAGAAUCAAUAUAUAUUUAUAUAUUAAUAGCAGGGCUAAACAUUAAUAAUUGUUAUGGUUACCCACAUAGUUGUAUAAAAAAUGGAUUAACAUUUUUUUUCCCACUGUUCUAUAUCAUUAUUUCCAUUAGUAUUUUAUAAAAAAAAAUAAUAUGCAAUGAAUACAUUUUGUUUGGUUUAUCUACUGAUCGUAAAGGUUGUUAUUUAGAAAAAUAAUAUUUUAUGUUUCACCCAUUAUUUUAUUAUCAUAGAUUUAUAUGCAAAACCAAAAUGCCUUUCCUCAUUUAACUAAAUGAACUAUAUAUAUUAUUAAGUAUAGAUCAUGCUUUUAACUGUUAACAUAUUUAUUUUCCAGCAUGUUACAGCCAGAUGCUCUGAUAUAAUAAUAUAAUGUGGUUUUCCAGAAGUUGCAGUUGCAUUAUCUGGUAAGCAGGUUUUUUUUAUUUUUUUUUAGAAUGCAAAUUUUUUUUUUUUUUAGAAAAAUUCUGGGGUUACAAGGUUAAAACAUUUUAGACUCUGUUUACAUGAUGCAUACAUGUUGAGUCAGAUCUCUCGGAGAACUUACUUUUCCUUGAAGAUUCUUUGCUCUCUUAAAUCAGCAUGUAGCUCCAUAGUUAAGCUUGAAAGAACAUCUCUGCUACCAAGUGGACAGGGAUUUUUGUUCUCUUUUCAGAAACAUGUGGUGGUAGCUACCAGUGCACUUUUCGAUUUGAUUAUUUAGGGUUUAUUCAAUAAAUGUCAACGUUUAUUGAAUUGGAGUCAGUUUCUAGAUCUGCUAUCAUGGAAAACAUUUAAAAAUUUUAAUUUCAUUUGCUAGAAUUCAAAGUUUAUUGAAUGAAAAUUUUGGAUAUAGCUACUGAUUGGAGAUUUUAAAAAUCCGUCAUUACUUGAGCUAAAAUGUGUUUGUUCAAUAUGUCUUUUGCCAUUUGUGAUGAUGCUGUUCAAUCAAAAGUAAUCCUGAAUGAAAGGAAGGGACAGUUUAAGCACCAUAAGCACCUUUGCUCCUUACAUUAUGGUGCCCUGUCUCCCAGUUUAUACUUGAUAGUUCCGUGCAGCAAUAAGGUUGUGGUUCACAAGAUAUGUCUGUAUGGAUGUAUAGCAGUCACAUGGACAUGGGAACGAGCUGUGCAAAUUCUUGCACGUCAACAACUCACACACCUUGUAUGGAAAAUAAUGACUGUGACUUCUGCAAUAGUGUCAUUCAUGUGUUUUCAUGAGUGCAACUACUGCUCAGCUGUUGUUUACUACCAUAAACAACAGCUGAGCAUGGUUGAUAUUUGUAGAUCUCUCAUUCACAGCCAUCACGCUAAUGGGUUAUCUGGUAAAUCUCAGCCACAUCCUGUUCCCUAGAGAGGUAUUUAGAUUUGAAAAUAUAAAUAGGUGGUUUUUAAUCUUUUUUAAUGCAACACCUUAAAGGGAUACUAUAGUCACCAGUGCAACUACAUAUAUUCCUGACCCUAUAGUGUUAACACGACCAUCUAGCCCCCCUGGACCCCUCAUGCCUCCAUAAAUAUAGUAAAAAUCAUACUGUAUUCAAGCCAGAAGCUGUAAAUCUGCAUGCUGUUAGACGCAGGAAAAACAAGCAGUCUGCUGACAUGUGAUAGCCUGAUCUGAUCACAGUGCUUCCCCAUAGGAUUGGCUGAGACUGACAAGGUGGCAGAUCAGGGGCAGAGCCAGCAUGAUUCAAACACAGCCCUGGCCAAUCAGCAUUUCCUCACAGAGAUGAACUGAAUCAAUGAAUCUCUAUGAGGAAAGUUCAGUGUCUGCAUGCAGUGGGAGGAGAUACUGAAUCACAGUCUGGUUCACUCUGAGUGACUGCAACUGGAGGUGUUCCUAGCUUUCAAUGUAAAUACUGUAUUUUCUCGGAAAAUACAGUGUUUACAUGAGAGAGGCUGCAGGGAGCUAUAGUUCUCACCUGAACAACCUCAUUAAGCUGAAGUUGUUCAGGUGACUAUAGUGUCCCUUUAAUUAAUUAGAAAGAGGAAGGUCUUCUAAGUCCUUGGGGUGCACUUUUAUAGUCUUUAACACUAAUUAUUUAAAGGUAUACUAUAGCAUUAGGCAUGCUCAUGUGUAUUUCUAAUGCUAUUGUGUUCUAGUCACCGUUUAGCAAUAGAAGAAAUAUCUCCAGGCACUCAAGAUGUUAAAGCCGCAGGCAGUUUUAUUGAAACAAAGAUAGACAGCAAUGUUUCGCCCUAACAAGAGUUCUUUGUCAAGCUAACACCACAGAACAGCAUAAGUGUAUAUAUAGCAAACAGUGUGUACAAAGUCAGAAAAUAAUUAAAGAAUCAAUUAAACCAUUAACAUACUUAAUUAACAUACUUGGUUUAAACAAACUGUGCAAAUUACAACAGGAUCCAUACAUGUAAUAAAUAUAGUAAUCCGUUCCUUACACUACUGUAAUAUGAGUCACCAUUUAGGUGACACCCCCACCAGUGUUAAAACGUUGUUACUUACCUUUUAUCCCACGUUGUGCUGCUCUCUUCAGGGCUGGUCCGCAUUCUUGGCUAAGAUCAUCAACACUCUGUGAGACCAUUGAAAGAUUGAAAGAGCCAGGUUUUACACAGCUAUUUUGGAAGAAUCGCCUCUAGUGGCUGUCAGACUGACAGUCACAAGAGGCAUUUAAAGCCUGCAAUGCAAACAUUGCUGUUCUUGCAGAACUAGGAUGUUUUAACCUGCAGAGUUAACACGAGCGGGACAUGGCAAUCAUAUCACUUCAUUGAGAGGAAGUUUUCUGGGUGCCUGUAGUGUCCCUUUAAGUAAAACUGGUGUAGUAAAUUAAACCCAGCCAUGUUUUCUGCCAACAUUUAUAAAAUGUAGUUUAUUAUUAAUGCUUUUUGUUCAUCAUUUGCAUUUAAUUAUUAGAAUAAAGGAAUAACUGGGCAACGUGCUACAGAGUAAUGCAAUGUGUAAGAUCUUGUGCCAGUCAGAGAGUUCAUAAAAUAUUUUAAUAACGUGUCAAAUUAAAAUAUUAGGGAAGUAUUUUAAUGUUUUUUUUUAAAUUCUUUAAUUUUGACUCACGUCAUAGUCUUAAUAAAAAGCAUUACAGAAGAGAAGCAACUUAUGCAUGUCAUCAAACACAGUCGGUGUAACAUAACAGACAGUGUCUAGCAUAGAUUGGUAUUGGUCCAUGAACUGAGGGAAUUUAGUUUUGGGUGGUGGGAGUGAGCGCUUGGUCUUAAGCCUAGUGUGCCUAGGGUAGGGAAGUGUUUUAGUUUUAUUACUUACAGUCGAGACAGCUUAGAGACAAAAUUUGUCUAGAAAAUAAACAGUAUUUAAUAAUUAGUCAUUUGGAAUUUAGCAAUCAGCAGCACUCAACAGCUGCAUCUGUACAGUCCUGGUUCAAAUUGUGUGUAGCUACCAUUUUUGCAUGUAAGUUAGGUGAUGUUUUGAUCAUAAACAUGAACAUUGCCGAAUUGUUUGUAUCUAUGUGUGGUUCCUUGAUUUUGCAGAGUUGAAGUUACUUUGCAGCAUUACUGACUAUGAGAAAGUUAUUAAUUGAAGUGCAAAUUAUAGUAAUGAAUUCAAAGUGAAUUUCAAAUUUUAGGCCAAAUUAGCCACAUUGACAACAUAUCAUGGGGUUAUUCACUAAAGCGUGAAUUAUCAGGAAUUCAUAAGUAACUUUUCUUGUAUACGAAUACUAAAACAUUAGUUUGUAAAAAUUAUCUUUUUUUUCUUAUAUAACAGGCAACCGUGUGUUCUCUUCUUGACCAGAGUAGUGUGAAACUUUGCCUUCUUCUUCUGCAACGACAGACUUUAAGACUCUCACCAGUGUAGAGAUUACUUACUUUGUUGCAGCAACCACCACAACAACUUAGCCCAGAGCGUUUGUACACUGCUGGAUGGAGUGCAUUUUAUGCCUAUUCUUUCUGCCUCGUCAGCUGAAAAGAACCUUGCUUGGUACAUUAGGCUAAAUUCAAUUCCACCAAGAAUCAGACAAUUUGCUACACACAAAAGCUUGAAAGGCUCCUCUUUUCUCUUGAAGAAUAUCUCUAUCUUGGCAGAACAUAUGAAAAGCAUAGGUUCACUGGAUACAUAGAUGUGUUUUGCUUUGGGUUACAAACUUUUAAAGAUUUCUUUAAAAUGACCUUGCUAGCUAUCACCACCUCUCUCUGCCUUUUGGAUUUUGAAACUAUGCAGGACACAGAAUGAUGGAAGACACAUAUUGUGUGAGCUUGAUAUACUCCCAGUUCCUGCCCUCUACUUGAGGAAUGUUGUCUGUGGAUAUUAAUGAUGGCACAGUUGAAGAAUGAAGUUCAUUCACAAUAAUACAAAGAUUCUUUUACAGCAAAUCUGCCUUCCUCGAUAUUUCUGGAUCGACUAGCAACAAAAAGCAAUUAUCCAGCAAAGCUAGCACAACAGUCAGGAUAUACAUAUAUACUUUUUUUUUUUUUUUAAGUUCACAUAUAAAUAUAUUUUUUGAUAAUGGACACACAUUUCUGUAUAUAAAGUAUUAUGUUAUGUACCACUUAAAUUGAGUUGUGGCUCUCUGAUGGCUAAAUAAAAGGGGGGGUGUAAGGUUUGUUAUAAAUUAUUCCAAAAAUGAUUAUAAAAUAUAUAUGACCAAAAUAUGAAUAACAGGAUCUAUUUACCAACAGUAACAUUGAACAUUUUAGUUGCAUACUUUUAAAUGCAAUAAAAAUAGCAUAAUGAAUACUGUAUUAAAGUAUAGAUGGAGUGGAAUGCAAAUGUUACUAUUGUGUAGUUCAACAAAAAAAAAGAAAAAAAAAACCUACACAAAGCAUUCAUUUGUACCUUACAAGAUAUCAUAAAAUGGUCUGUGUACAUAUACAAAUUUAAAUUAUUUAUUGCAACAAUUUACUAUAGUAGAAAUUAUUAAAUACUUUAUUGCAAAUCUGAUAAAUACUUAAUCUUACAGCAUAAGAGGUAGUACAAUUUGUUAGCAUGCUUUUAUUUCAGAAUGUUUUGCUCAUUUUAUGCUGUGGUCAUUUACACACUGACAUAAUGAUAAUAUUUUUAUGGCAAAUAUAGUCCCCCCAUUUAUAUAAAUUUUUAUUUUACAUAAUCUGUGUUGUUUUUUUGUUUUGUACUGGUAUAUGCUUUGUUUUUAUGUUUUUUUUUUAAAUUAUAUCUACAGUGAAACAACUGUUAAAAAAACAACAACAAAACAUCGAUUUCUGUGUAGUGAGGAAAGAAUGAAUGUGUGUUACAAGUAAAAUGAAACAGAGCAUUCUUAUAUAAGUAAUCACCAACCAAGUGAGAGUUUUUAUCAUAUAAGGUUUCUUAAAAUUAAAUGUACAGUCCACUACUUCACACGGAUUAUCUCCAUAGUGCAUAUAGAUAUAUUGCUUUGGUUGCCAAUAACAUCCCCUUUCAAAGAAAGACCCUGAUUUUUAUACAAGUUUGACAUUUGUUGACUAUAUUAAAGGACCACUAUAGUGCCAGGAAAACAUACUCGUUUUCCUGGCACUAUAGUGCCCUGAGGGUGCCCCCACCCUCAGGGUCCCCCUCCCGCCCGGCUCUGGAAAGGGGAAAGGGGUAAUAAC